CUUUGAAAUCGCGUGAGUCUCUGUGCGUCCGAAUCGGAAAGUUUUUGUCUCGUGGAAUCAGGAAGUCUACUUAAAGGUUUUCAUCAGGCAGUCUCCUGUGCCUGUUCCCGUGGAGGGUUUUACAGGCUGUUAAAACAUCUCCCGAGGCUCUUCGGACUCAUCGAGCAUGUGGUGAGCGUGGAAAACUAUCAGUCUGCUGUCAUUUUGUUCCAUGUCUGCUGUUUUACCACAGCUGUGAGCGCAACUGGCGUUCAUACGCAGCACGGCGGAGAGCUGCUGCGUGACAUUGUCACAGCCGAGAAAAACAAACCGAUCUGCACACACAGACUCGCCAACUCAGAGCAAAUCCAGCUUAUCAUUCUGCAGAAAGAUUAGACUGUAACAUCGAAACAGGUAGUUCACUGUGUCGUCAGGAAGCGCUGGUUUUCCCGUGUUGGUCGCUUCAGAAAGAAGCACUGAUUUUAAAGCUGUUUGGGGCUUCCUUCAGCACGCAUCGCUGCAGUCCGCUCACUGUCUGCAGUUUUUACAGCCAGGAUAACUUUUAGUGACUCACUCUUUUACUGUACCAUGGUUUGUCAUGCUCCAUCCUGAUGCUGGUACAGACACGCACAGGCGUGCGUAAAUCUGUGUGCCACGGGAAUAAACCAACAAUAAUGCGGUUGUGUGUCGGAAAAGAAAACAAACAGGUUCAACAACUUGUGCUCUGGAAGAUAACACUUCUUUUAUAACACGAGAACUCGCACUUACACUGUAACUCUUUUUCUUGGACUGUUUUCUAACACCUGCAGAGCCCUCACUGUGUUGUUGCACUCACUGAAUGGCCCGUCAAGAGCUGGUGGUGAAUCAUCAGCUGCUGCAUGCUUAACUCUACACUUUCCCUGGAGUCUGGUAAGUUACUCAAACCUGCCCAUUAUGUGCUCUCAUUAUAACACAUGACGUUGAUUGUGCUUCCAUGAUGGCAGUCUGUGACAGUCUUUUAUUGUGCUUCCCAAUUUCAUAACCUUGCAACAACAUUACACAGAAUGUGAUAACUAUUACACUACACAUUAUACAAGACAACAAAAGAAAUGAUUUAACUCAAAAAGUUGGUUGUUUUGUAGAUAAUGUUUGCUCAUUUGAAUGCCAUCAACACUGUUGUGAGUAUAUUUACACACCCUAACCAAGGAGUCUGGUAAAAUGUCUCAUUUAUGCCUGACAGAGGAUUUCAGCUGCUCAACAGUUCAGGGUCUCCUUUAUCCUAUUUGUUGUGUCAUGAUGCUCCUAAUUUUUUCAAUGGGAGACAAGUUAGGACUGCAGGCAGACCAGUUUAGCACUCAGACUCUUUUACUGUAAAGCCAGGCAGUUGUAAUGUGUCAAAAAUGUAGUUUGGCAUCCUUAUUCUGUGUUUAGGUUGGUUCUUGAUCAUCAAACAAUGAGCGUGGUCUAGACCUGCUCUUGUUCUUUGAAAAGCGUCUUGGGCUGACGACUGUUGUGAAUUGGUGCUAUAUAAAUGAAAUUUGAUUGAUUGAUCGAUUGAUAUAAUGCAAAGACUUCCCUGAGAAAGUCAUUGUCUGGAUGGCAACAGGUGGUGUACAUCUUCAUACCACCAUAGAUUCUGCAUGGCUUUGAAACGGUACUCAUGUAAGAAGCCAAGUGUUCCCUUUCCUCCUGAGACCUAGCUUUUGUUUACCAUGCACUUAAGAUUUCCCCCGCUGAUCUGGAAUCAUUAGGACCUAAUAAAGUGCAAGACCUGAAAAUUAUCUUUGGACAGGAAGUAGUGAUGUCCUCAUAUCAGGACAAUAGGUUACGAGACAACACAACUGUCAUGAUUGUGUAACAUGGCUUAGAACUUGAUCUUCAUGUCUAACCAAUGCCAUGCGAUAAACAAAUUUGACAGGUAGAUUUUUUUUUCAACAAUUUGUUUUCAUGUUAAGGCUUCAACAUGUUGUGCAACAGCAAUACAGAUCAGGCAGCUACAGGUAGAGAGAGCAGGGAGAGCAGCAGGAGGAGGAGAAGAAGAGAGGAGAGUAGGGAGAGGAGCAGAAGGAGAAGAGAGGAGAGCAGGAGGAGAGAGGAGAGCAGGGAAAGGAGCAGGAGAAGAAGAGAGAAGAGCAGGGAAAGGAGCAGGAAGAGGAGCAGGAUGAGAAUAGAGAAUAGCAGGAAGGAGGAGACCAAGGAGAGGAGCAGGAAGAGAAGCAGGAGGAGAAGAGAGGACAGCAGGAAGAGGAAAGCAGGAAGGGGAGCAAGGGGAGAUGACAGGGGAGCAGGGAGAGGAGCAGGAGGAGGCUGAGGUGUGUAUCUGUGUGUGUCUGAAAAGCCAAGGGACAGAAUGAGCACCACAAGAGAGAGGCCGAAGCAAUCACAAUUGUGCAUGAGCACUAAGAAGCUAAUGACAAGCCCAUGUCUUGAUGUUAUAAAGGAUGUUAUAUAGAGGCUUGAAAAGACUUUGCUUGAUCUACAGCCUGUGAUAAAAUGUAAGGAAUACAAGAGCUCGAAGUGAUGCAUGGUUCCCUUUCAGGGUCAGCAGAAGCCUACAUAUGACUUCUUAAAAAAUGUGGCUAUAUCAUCCGAUUAGACAGACAUGUUUAAGUAAACAAAAAUGGUAGGCGAGAUUUUUUUCCACUUAUCGUAUCUUUUUGAGAAUUGGGACUUUUUAAGUUUUAAACAGGUUUUAAGUUCCCUGAAUCUGAGUGAUGCAGAUGUCAAAUUGAGGGUACUUAAUAACCUUAACCUCCGCAUUGAAUUCAAAAUCCUCCUUCACACCCAUCACUGUCUGCACGGUGCAGCCCCCACCUACAUCACCGAACUCCUCACCCCACAUACCUCAGCCAGAACCCGGUCAGGCCAACUGCACCGUCUGCGCCCGCCCAGGACUCGGCUUAACACCAUGGGUGACAGGGCCUUCGAGGCUGCUGCUACCCGUCUGUGGAACGCCCUCCCCGACCACCUCAGGGCUCCACAGUCGGUGGAUGCUUUUAAAAAAGAACUCAAAACCUUCCUCUUUCGGAAAGCCUACCCGGACUAAUUUUAUCUGAUUUUAUCUGCUGACUGUUUUUUAUGUUGACUGUUUUUUUAUUGUUUUGCCCUGUUGCUUGGUUUUUACUGUUAUUGUUGUCUUGUUGUGCACUUUGAGAUUUUUUUUUAAAUGUAAAGUGCGUUACAAAUAAAAUCUAUUAUUAUUAUUAUUAAUAUCAUUAUCAAUCAAAAUAAAAGUGAUUAAAAGUUUUGCCAUUAUGGUCUGUCAAACACUCUCUGCUGGACGAGUUAACAUUGACUCCAUUUCAAACCUAUCACAGCCAGUUAUAGUGCAAUAUAUUUGUUGAAAUUUCCUGAAGGUAAACAUAUCAUCAAUACCAGAUUUCUCGUGUUUUAAGGCAUAUCCACUAUUACAGGUAUUUUGGUCUUACUCAAGAACAAAGAAACUUAGAGAAACACCAGCAUAAUUACAUUUUCAGAGCCCUCUAAGAUGGUGAAAAUGAGCUGCAACUUUGGUUUUUAGAGGUUAUAUUUAUUGUUCCAUUAGGGCUGCACAGUUGAAUAUUUUCUGAAUGGUAGGCGGUAUUUUCGUGCUGCUUCAAUGAGCUGUAACACUGGGUUUACUGUUGUUUGGUCUCUGUGCAGAGUGACUGCUGAGUCCACACCUCCUCUAUGUGCUGGAUCUUUGCUCUGAUUGCCCUCUACCAGUGACUCCAGGAGAAAUGUCGUACUGGUUUGUCAGCCAUCCCCAAACCUCUUCAGACACUACCAGCAACAUGGAGCAACAAAAGGGUAAGUAACCUCCCCAAAUCUCUUGUUACCCCUGUCAAAACACCUUUGUUACUUGAAGUCCUGGUGCUUUUUUGUGAAAACCAGACUUACUAUUUUGGGGGACUGCCUUAAAACGUGCACAGCAGAGCUUAUCUGUGACAAACUCUUUAUGAGUCCCUCUGUUUGGUUCAGGUCAAUGUGCAGGAGUAGGACUUAACAGAGCGUGCUGGAGGAAUUAGAGGAGAAGGAGUCAGAAUGGGGAACUGCCUGGUGUUCAUUUCACUACAUGUAGUGAAAUGAAGAUCCUGUUCGACAUGAACAGGUCCAUACUAAAAAUUCAUUCAUGUGUGGGGCGACUGCAGCUCUGCUUAAAUUAGCAAAAAGAGAAGUGAAACCUUGAUUGUUUGAGGGCCACAGUGCUUAGCUGCUGCUAUGUGCAGUGUGUAUGAAGCAGACUGAUCUCAGUCAACACAGGGAGAAGGUUUCAAAUAUAACGUUCAUCUAACACUCAUAUGCUUCUGUCUGUGCACGCUUAGACAGGAUGUGUUGAAGUUUGUCAGUAAUGAUUGAAUGGUUUGAUCAUUAUUGUUUGUUGGAUCAAGUUAGGAGGGGGCUGACAACCUCCCGUCUCCUCUCCCUAUAAAGGGAGGUGUGUUGUGGCUAGCCACUGGACUCUGUGUCUGUGAGAACUGUGGACUGUCUUAUCGUGUCUCUGAGCAACAUUUGACCUUGUGGCUGUACUUCAAAAUGUGUUUGCCAUCUUAGGUUUCCGGCCCCAUCCAUGUUUAUUUUUUUCCUACCUUCCUGACAUUUGAUCAGGGUGUGGAUUAUACAGGUAUGUGAAGUGAAAAUCUAACUCACUGACUGCUAGUUUAAGUAAUUGUAGCAGGUCUAUACAGAUGGUUCCGAUUUUAAUGCCAUUAUUGGAAUUUACGUUGUGAUCUGUGUGCACAACCCACCUUUGUCACGUGAGGUUUGAAUAUAUGCAACUUUAUGUGAGUGUCUUUUUGUGGAAAAGGGUGUUUGUCUUACCAGUGGGUCCAACCUUACACACACCAAAUCCAUCUGUGUUCAUAUGAGAGAGUGUGGAGGACGCCCUCUGCAGCGCUUACAGCGACACUUGUUGAGGAGCUGCCUUCUGUCGCCAUCGUGUGGCAUUGCUGUCUUCAGACAUCUCUUGAUCUCUUUGACUACUUCACGAAAAUUGUAAUACGCCUCGCCUCUGGCGGAUUUAAAGGCGAGGAGAAGAGCUGAUGUUAUUGGUCAAUACAGGUCUUGGCUGUGUUAAUCCCACUCCACGCCCUCUCUCCUCCCUCCCUACGACUUAUGCCGCUGGGAGGAGCUGAGUUAGGGAGGGGGGAUACUUACACCGGCCAAAUUGUGCUUGGGAAGGUCUUGUCGGUGCGGCGGACCUGACUUACCCCGCGCCUGCGCUACGUCGCUGGCGAUGCACGAAAAUAGAGCCCUAUAGGUCAGACAAACACCAACAAAACAUUAAUUGAGUAAUAGUCUCUUGUAGAAAGCUAGCUAUGUUAAAUCAUGGCUUCCAAGUGAGACUCACCUUAUUAUUCUCAGAUGGCAACUCAGCUAAUUUAGCUAAGCAGCUAAACGAGCCAUGCAGCUACUGUGAUUUUACUGUUACUCUCUAUGUCAUUUUCUCAUCUUAAACUAGAUGUCAUAUCUCUUUUGUUGUGUCUUUAGUAAGUGUGUGCUCUAGGAUUUUUAUCCUUGACUAAUGUGGUGGUUUAGUUCUUUCGUUAGCAGAGGGUCUACCUUUGCUUUUGUUUAUGUAUGUGAAUCAUCUAGGAGUUAAUGUCAAGGACAAGGCUGUUUUUUGCUGUGUUGUGGAUUAUGCAAACACCUUUUUUUUCUUUGCCAGAUCUGCUAAAUCUUCAAAUGCUGAUCUGUGAAACUUUUUAAAAAAUGUUGGUUCAUGCUGAUCAUGUCCAGCUACACCAAUAACACCCAACAUCUUAGUGUUAUUUUUUUUUUUUUUACAACACCUUAAGAUAUCAGUACCAUGAUAUUGCUAAAAGCCCCUAUAAAAAUACAGUGCACAGAUUUCUUGCUCAAAUAUAAAGGUUACUGUCUGCCUGUGCCACAUAAUCAUCUUAAACCUAAAGUUGAAAAUGUUGAAAAUGAUGUUUCUUCAUGACCUCAAACUGACAGGACCACCAGCAAAAAGACUUAUAUUGUCUAUAUAUUAAUUUUUUUUCUGGCUGAAACUGCUGGAAGGGGUCACUACUGUGGCAGCAGCUUGAAGAGUCAGCUUUUUAUGGGUAUUUUGAACUUCAGGUUUUAUAAUAAAUGAUACACUAGAUUUUUUUUCUUCUAUGUUUUUAUUUAUAUUCUUUAUUUGGAAGUAAAGCACAGAUUUACAAGAGUUUUACAUUAUAUAUUUCCAUUAUAUAUUUCCACUUUUUUUUCUUUUUAAAUGGAACAGAGAGCAAUCCCCCCAGAACAUAGGACACAUGACUUCAUAUAUGAGGGUUGACAUGAAUUAAAAAAACAAAGCGUUUUCAGGUGAGGAUAUGCUAUACCUACUUUUGAUAUAUGUAAUUACAUGUGUAAUUUACCCGUAAAGUGUGCCAAAUAAGAGUAGAUAUUAAAGAACUUAGUUAUAACACAAGAGUAGCACGAAAACCACAGAAAUCAAAUGUUCCUUACAGCAGCCAUAAGAGUAAACAAGGUUUCUCCCUGAGCUCUGAUCCAGUAAAGAAAAGGGUGAGAAAACAGAUUCUGGUCCUCCUCACUUUCAUCUGAACCACAAUACACCUGAAUUUAAAAAACUCAAAACUAACUAAAAAAGAAGCUAUUUAUAAUUUGAAAGCAGUAAUGUCUCACAGUCUAGCAGAAGAUGUAUAUUCAUGUCUGUUCACCCUGUUGUUAUGACUUUGAGUUAUAGUGCUAUAUAAAUCAAAACAUUUCAUUGCUCUGAACAAACUUAGUCUCUUUUUGAGGCCAGUCACCACUCAGUCUCCCAAAGCCGGGCCCUUUCUUUAGGGUGUAGUGUUUAUUAUGGUUUGUGGUGAGAAUGACUCAGAGCUGCUGUGACUCUGGAAGAUAUGCAGCCAUGUUAGAGAGUCCCACUAAAUGUUCCUCUGUCUGUGUCUUACACAUGUUUAAGGAUUUAUAAAAAAUUAUACAUAAAUACUUGUUAGCUGCAAAUGAUAUUUGAGAACUGAUGAGAAAGGAUCUCUGGACCCUGCAGAGCACUAGAACAGCACUAGGAAGCUCCUUCAGUGACAGGCUUCUUCACCCGUGCUGUGUGACAAAGAGAUACUUUAAGUCCUUCAUGCUGCAGUCAGACUGUUUUACCACGCCUGCUCCCAGUAGUCCAGGAUUUUUAGCACAAAUAACGGACAAUAACUCAAUGUUACCUCAUUGUGCAAUAUUGAAAGGCUAGAUAUUUAUUACAAAAGCAAAUACCUACAUUUUUCUCAGGUAUAAUAACUCAACUAAUGUGCAGUACUUAUUUUCUGUUCACUGUGUGACAGUUUUUUUCUUUUUUAACAUUUUUUGUUUAGGGCUAAGUUAACUUCUUUAUAGUUAUCUGUGCACUGUGUGGAUGAUAAGUGAACUUCUUCUGUGUCGGCUGUGCUGAUCCUUUCCUGCUGGAACACUGAGAAUUUCCCCAAAGUGGGAUGAAUAAAGGUUUAUCUUCUCAUCUUAUCUCAUAGUUGUGCACUGACUGAGCAGCAGGUAACCCUGCUGGAGCUGAACCUCAGGUGAUGAGCCAGCAUUUUGCUUCUCAGAGACAGAAGCUAAAUUAUUUGACUACUACAGUUUAUGUGAGCUGUUUCUGCAUUGUCUGCUUUGGGUUCAUAUCACAUCUACUGAUGCUUACUGAGUUUGUGAGCAGACACAACAAAACAUUGGACGGCAAAAGGCAAUGAAUACUCUUCUGCAUAAACCAAGAAAUCAGUUUAACACUCAGUCUGGUUGUGAGAUUACAGCAGAUUACAGCAGAGAGGAGGUGAGAGGAGGCGGAGAAGAGAGAGAGAGAGAGAGAGGAAGAAAGGGAGAGGGGCAGGCUGCUAAGAGGAUUGUGAGGCUGUUAAACAAAAAGGCAUCGUUCCCUGCUUCCCCUCUCCUCCUGCUCCCCUACCUCUCUUCUGUUCCUCUCCCUACCUCCCAUCCUUCCUCCCCCCUCAGCCCAUAGCAGGGAGAAAGAGGAUGCAGAUCAGAUAACAGAUUCAGGAUGCUGUGCAGACACGACACAGCAGCAGAGGAAAGCUUUAGAUGUGAUGAUUUGAUGGAAGCAGGAGGACGACGAGGAGGCUUCUCCGCUUCACUAUGAGCAGGUUAGUAGGAGAGAGGAAGGAGACAAAGCGUGGCACUGAGAGGAGCGUUGUUUAUAUUCUGCACAUGUAGACUGACUGAAGCUUACUGCUGCUCUACCGGGUCUGUGAGCAGCUCGCUGACAUCUGAUCAGAGCUGUCUGUCUGCUAAUCACUGAUCUGAUCACUGCAGCAGUGGAUGUUGGAGACAUUUUUCUAAACUGAGUCUGAUGUCACAUGCUAAAUUUACUUCACUUAAGUAUGCAUGGAUGUCUCCAUCUGUGGUUUAAAUGGGACAUGGUCCAAAUGUAGGAGCUGCAGAGAGAAAUCUCAGAUUUCACAGAGAAAUGAGGAGACUGGACUGUUUCCUUUCUACCACACCUGCUCUGCAGCUGUUUACCUUAAGGAGGGAAAUAUGAAUCAUCAUCAUAAUAAAUCAAGUGGAGCAGUGAGCUUUUUCAGAAUGAAUCAACUGAAGGUCCUUUCACACUGGGACCAUUUUUAUCAUGCGAUUAUUUCGGACGUCAACAUUUUUUUUUCCGAACCCGUAUCCUGUCAGUACAAGCGUUCACAUCAGCAACAUUUUCCAGUCCUGCGAUAUUGCGGCAAUUAUUUUUACGGCUCACAGUCGAUUUUUCUUAAGUUUCGCAUCCUGUGUGUCCACUUCUGACCAAUCCGAUUGCGUGUUGUUGCGACGUCUGAUUCACCCAUAUAUCCAACAUGGCCGACCGGCUGAUUGUUAACGUGUCAGAGAACAGAGUGCUUUUUGAUAAAAGACACAAACAUUACAAAGAUAACGACCUGAAGGACAACUUGUGGGGAGUCAUAGCGUUGGAUUUCUCAUAUGACGAUAGUUUGUGUGCUUUAACAGUUUGCUAAACAUCUUUGUUUUAACUUUCAUCUGUGCUAAGUAACUUUAGCUCGUAAGCUAACCUGUUCAGAUACAACAUACCAUAUGUAUUUUCACUGUCUCAAACUCAAUCGCGUUGCUGUCACAGCACCCUUAGGUCUCAGUUGUUACCUCAGACUACUGUAACAGUUUGUUUCAUGUCUAAAUAAAAAGGAGCUGUCUCGUCUUCAGUAAGUGCAAAACUCUGCAGCGAGAAUUCUAACCCACGCUAAUAAGAGGACUCACAUAUCCCCUAUUCUUGAAGCACUACAUUGGCUGCCUGUGUCCUCAAGGAUCAAUUUUAAAAUUCUGGUCCUAACCUUUAGAGCCUUGCAUGGUCAGGCUCGGUCCUAUAUUUGUGAUCUGAUCCAGCCUUAUACCCCCUCUCGGGCUCUGAGGUCCGUGGAUCAGAAUCUACUUAUGGUUCCGCGCACUCGUUUUCGGACCAGAGGAGACCGAUCCUUCCAGGCUGUUGCCCCCAGGCUUUGGAAUGAUCUUCCUCUCUCUCUGCGCUUAAUUGAUUCUGUUGACUCUUUUAAAAGCCAACUCAAAACUUAUUUAUUUGCUUAUUCAUUUCUUUAAUUGUUUUUGGGGCUACCAUGACUGUUUAAAUGUUGUUGUCUUGGCCUUUUAAGUACAUCUUUUUAUUUUUGUCUAUGUGAAGCACUUUGUGACUCUUUUGUCUGUGAAAAGUGCUGUACAAAUAAAGUUUACUUACUUACGCUUAUGGAUUAUAGUUUAAUGUGCUUAUCUGGUACUGGCCCCGACUCAGCACAUGCUAUCAUGACAGACAGUCAUCUCAACACUAGUGUCUAAUCAGAACUGAAAAACAGUCAGUUUGCUGUCGUGUCAGUCUUCUGCCUACAACCCGGGAUGCGUCUUUUUCCCCCCCCAGGAAAGUCACAAAAUCGCAUCGGGCUUGAUGUGUAUGGUCAGGCACGUCAAUUUCGCAUCGUAUAUUUGCGUCAGUCCCCCGUGUAUAAGGACCUUUACUCUUUUGCAUGGCUGGAGACCUAUGGCAGCUGGAGAACUUGCAUGAUUUAGCGAUGAAGAGCACAACUUCUUACGUCAUGGUUUAGUAUCUGCUGCUGUGUGGUCACUCAACAUGAAAUGUACAAAAUAUUUUGACCAAGAGCAGGUUACUCACACCUUAUGCCAGUGUGAUUGAAGGAGUAGUUAUUGUGGACAUUCAAGAGCUGUGAUGUAGCAGUUAGCAGGGUCCUGUGGUUUGUUUGGCUAAUGGAGCUAACGGCUUCAUUUAGUUAAAGAUGGAGUCAGUGAAGCUACAGUGUUAAACUGUGACACAACAGUCUUAUAGAUGUUUGGAAGUCUUCAGAUUCUGGAUUUACACCAGUACUCAACAAAAUAUCUGUCAAAGAGAGAAGUUAAAAGAUUCUGUACCCGGCUGAGCUACUUACUCAGUCAGCUUGCAGGUACAUGCACCAUGUCAGCCGUGACCAGGAAAAGUGAUGAGUGGAAGUAUUUUGACAAAAAGGACCAUAACGUGCUGUGCUUGAUAUACAGUGAUAAACCUGUAUAUCAUAGAGAUACUAGUCUGAUUCUUAACAACAUGCAUUUAACACUCUGGGAGAAGACGGCAGACUGAGAUGAUAGGUAGUCUCAUAUCACAGCGUUUGGUAACCCUGUGAGGAGACGCUGCUGCAAUAAUACCACAAUGGAGAACAUGAGCCUGCUAAUAAUGAAAAUAGUGACUGGAGACAGUUCGUUGAGGGGGAGGGCUACUGUGAGCUGAUAGUAUUUGUUGAGCUGGAGUGCAAGCCACCAUCAUGGCAGACAACAACUAUGAGAGUGGAAAGUGUCACAGGAAAGUGCAGCAGAACUGAGGACUGUUUUUUUCACGGUGUUGACAAAGUGUCUGUGACACUAGACAGAUAUUCAGUUCACUCUGGCUGCCUCUAAGUGCAUUUCAAAAUAGUGAUAAUCAAAUGUGCUCCGUAACAUCCCGGGAUCAAUUCAGUUUGCGUUGUUAGCAGCAAUAGCAGCAAAAUAAAGGCAAACAACACGUAGGAGCUUGUGUCUGGAGAGAAAACAUUGAAACAGAAGAAUUGACAUUGAUAUAUAUUUUUUUAAGUACACUGAUUGACAUCUUUCCUGAGUGCAAUAAGAUAAGAUAAGAACUUCACUGAUCCCUGAACGGAAAUGUAAUAUCUGUGCCUUUAACCUCAUACCCCACAAACAUGUACAGAGGUUAUGUAAAUGUCUCAUUUUGCCCUUGAGCUAUAGUCCUUUUAAUUUUACAUUGCUUCCAACUGGAUUAUGCAGACAUCAAUCUCCUACAUACUGAAGUCACGUUUUCUUACCACAUGGACUGAAAUGUAAUGGUGUCAUCCACCAGAGUACAUGAUGGAAGAAGAAAAUAGACUUGACUUCUGUUUUAAAAAGAAAUCUGUUUUUGGUGGGCAGCAGGGGUUUUACAACACAAUAUUGUGAUUUAAUGAUGAUGCCCCUCCCUUUUAAACAGAGCUUAGUUUCACUUAAACAUGGGUGUGGAUGUGUGGUGUGUGGUAUGUGUAGUAAAGAUUGGGAAGAGAGGAAGCUGUGGAUGUCACUUAGAUUCAUUGUGGGCUCCUGUUUUUUCAACACGUGCUACAGCAUUUCAAACAAUGAUGCAGCCAGAGCUGGAGAGAGGAGAGCAGUGAGAGGAGCAGAAGGAGGAGAGACAAGAGUGGGGAGAAGAGGAGGAGGAGGAGGAGGCAGGUGUGUGCAUCAUGAGUGUAAAUGAGCUACAACUGCCAGGCUAAAUAUUAGGUGACAUCAGUCUCUGUAUUUAAAACGAAGACCUACUGUAAUGUGUAAUAAGUAUUUCAGCUUUCUUGAGAGCCUCAUCUAAAAAAUAAAAAUAUCACAUUACAUGAAAAAAAGUAUUGAAAAAAGUCUAUAAACUGCUGCUUUUCUGAAAAACAGGAAGCUGUCUGUAUGCCGCCAGGGUCAUUUGGCUUGUAGGAACUGAUAUUCAACUACAUAUAGAGACAAAAAUAUUAGUGAACAUCCAUCUGCAGAUGUUCAUGGUUUUAAGAGUGAUCCAGUGAUUUCAUGAUCUAUUUGAGAACACUUAGUUCAUUAUAAGAAUAAAUUCUCUUUUUUUUUUUUAACUUAAUUUCUUCAUUUUCAGGACUCAUGUUGUCAAAGUUGUAGUGCAAAAGUGCAGCACAAAUACAGAUUUUAAACAUAGUUAUUAUGGCAGUAACAUCUAGAGCCCCUGAACAGUUGGUCAACCCCCAAUUGAGUAGGACAGUGAAUUUACUUUGGUUUGUAAUUGAUAUCACACCAAACACAUUUUAAGCUGUGAUCACUGAAUGCUGAUCACUGGGGUUAUGUGAAUCCAGUUCCUUCUUGUGGUCCAACACUGACUGAGAGAAACUGAAAGUGCUUAAGGACUGAGGUGGAAAUUCCCCUGAGAGCUCCACACCGAUCAGCAGUAGUAGCAUGAGCGCCUGCACAGGGCUGAGGGACAUGGUCAAAAGUAAUAUCAUGAACCAAGUUUACAAUGAUGAUAGACAUUGAUAGUUAUCAUGCUAAAAACCAAAUCAGUAUUUCUUCCAGAUUUAAAAGUGGAGUUUUGCUCUUGAGUGACAUUUGUAGAAGCGAGACAUAGAUAUCUUAAACUGUCUUGUUUUUUCCUCACUUAAACAACUGUCAUUAUUUCUCCGCUCUCAAGACAAGCCUUGAACCAACACUAAGGUUUUUAACGGUAUUCUAGAUUGACUAUAAUUACAGAAGCAGUCAGCCUAAAGGCAUAAAUGCUAAUUAUCUCUUGUAGGGCAUUGAUAUCACUUUCACUACAUUUCAUAACCAGAUUGUAAACUCUGGAAUUUAUAGCAAGAAUGUUUUAAUCUGUACCCAGAUCCAUGAUUGUGUUAGCAUCAGAUUGUCUGAAUCAGGAAUGCGCUGCUGUAAUCUGUAUUGGUGCCCAUUCUGACAUUUCUAUACUGAACAGUCUUGACCCCUUUGAUCCACUUAAACAGACUCUUUGCCAAAUCAGUGGUCCCAUCAUCACUCACACUCAGACAGACACAGUAUGCCAUCUACUCAGUAGCAUAGUAAUCCCAUUAAAGACCCACUCUGAUGAAAAUCAUGUUUUUCUUGUUGUCUACAUGUUCAUAUGGCAUUUUUCUGGUUCUACAGGACAUAUCAUGAGAAAAAGUAAGUGCAAAAUUGCAUUUCUAAGCAUUUCUGUAGUGAAAUGGCUGUGAUUCUCUGGCAGACCCAAACGGCAGACUCAGACACAGUGAGAUUCCCUACGUCACAAAUCCAAGCUCCGCCCCUGGAGCCCUGCUAUGCAGGUCAGACUCGGAGAAGUAGAGAGGACAAUCGCAGAACAAGUGCAUGUGUGUAAAAACGAUAAAAAACUAUAAAAACAAUAAAAGCAUAAAACAUAUAAAAGCAUAAAACAACAAUAAAGAUAAACAUAGCACAUAAAUAAAAUACCCAAUAAAAGCAGCUAUACUUCCCCAAAAGCUAAAGUGAACAGGUGCGUCAUCAGAAGUGUUUUAAAAGUGGAACGGCUGUUAAGAGUGCGCACUGUAAGGGGUAAAGCGUUCCACAAAGUGGGAGCCACGACAGAAAAUUCUCUAAGAAAUGAUGAUGUCUAAUUUGUUUAGUGUCAAAGCUGAUUGUUCUCUAAAGACUUGAUCAACGACUGAUUUUCUUAAGACCAAACAGUAUGUUAAGCCACAUUAACUGGAGCCAAAGUCUUCACAGCAGAGACUGGUUAAAGGAGCUGCAAACCCCUUAAUUGGUUUCAAGCAGACACUCUCCUUCAAGGAAUGUCCCCUCUUGUAGUAUUUGCUUCACUGCUUCUUGGCAGUCCUGCUGAUAAUCCAGUGCACGCAUCACUGCAAGAGCUAUCUAUCAACAGAGAGGCAGAUUUUCACUGUGAGCACAUUUCAAAGAUCUAUAUGCCUCAAGAGCAAAAUAUUGAAGUCAAAAGAAUCAUUCAGUGUAAAACAAUGUCACAGGAAAUGUAUGUUUAAUUUUUGCUGCAUUUUCUCCUGCUCAUGUUUUGUCUGCAUGUUGGAGCCCCACAGCUCACAAACAAAUAUUCACAGGAAUGCACGCACAACAUUAGACAUAAGAAACACCACUAAAAGUAAGCUUUUGGGACUUCAUACCAAACAUCUUGGUACACAUUUGCACUAAACUGAAAGUGCCAUACUCUCUUGGUCCUGAUGAAUAUGUAUACCUUUACAACCCUAAUUAAUGGAACUUUCAGUCAUGAACAUACUCCACUGAAAUAACUCACCAACUAAAGUAAGUGAAACUAAAAAGGGUCAGCUGUGACUGAGUGCUAGUCUGUCGUCCCCUGAUUCCAAAACAUUUCCUAAGCCAAGACACUUUACCCCACCUGCUACUGUUGGCUGCACCCAGAGGUGUGUGGCUAUGAUAAGUCAAAAACUGAGGGGCCCUGAAAACAGCAGCCUCUGCCAUCAGUGUGCGAAUGUGGUGUAAAUGGGAGGAUGUGACAUGUGAUGUAAAAGCUUUGAGGGGUCAGAAAAUAAGCACUAGAACAUGAAUCAUCAUGAUGAAAACUGUGAGGACAGAAACCAUUCAUUUGAGGUGAGUUCUGAUUUUUUAGUGUGACCCAUGUUCCAUCUGUUAACUUGGAGGGGUCGGGGUUUGUGGUCUAUACUGCAGCAAACCCCAGGAGAUGAUCAAAGUGUUUUGGUUUCACCUUUGAUGAGCUGUCAUGAUGUUCUCCAUGGAGUCCAUGCUAAGGGUUGAGAGUAUAGUCUGUAUGGACAAUGUAGCUCCACCUCCUGUCAUUAUAUCAAUUUGAAGCCAAAUUUCUUUGAGUAUUUCCAGGAUUUUCUCCAGUUCCUGAAACCAGCAGUAUUUGCGCAGUAGGGUUCGGUGAGAGAGUUGCUGUGAUGACGCUCUGCUCAAACAGUGUUUCCCUGGGUGAGCCACGCAAUCUUCGUACACCGGCUGUAUCAAGUGUCAAUCAUAGAAAACUUGAACCCCCUAAUAACUUUUAAAAUUGGAGCUGUACAGAAAAAAGAGGACUUGAGCACAAACCAGUCUUACUGUAACUACAUGUCAACAUCCUAACCGGGGGGAGAAAAAAUUAUGUUCUAUGUAAUAAAUUUCAAAAGGUUGUUCACAGCUCCAUUCAUUUUGCUGGAGGAGGCGGGGUUUAUGACCUAUACUGCAGCCAGUAACCAGGGGGUGCUGUUCACUCAGCAAGGAAGCAGAAGAUGUUUAUUCUAUAUACAGUCUGUGGUUGAUAGGUUGCACACAGCUAAUGCAGUGAAACAUAAACCGGCAUGUUUCUGCAGGGUUUGUUGCAACAUAUUUGUACUCCAUUAUUAACGGCUGUAAAAGUGCCAAAAAUUGAGCUUCAUUUCUCCAAGUAGUUUAAUUUUCACAAACACCUGUCCUUCUCCACAUUGAUUUUGGCUCCAGUAUUAAACACGGCAGGUCAGGGUUAUGUUUGUUGAUUUCCAGUGUGGGUCACUAAAAGGAGGAACUCAGUAAUGGAGGCGGUACAGACAGCAUCACAGCUCUCUCUGGCUCCUGUAAGCUGUCUCUGACAGGUCAUGUAAGGCUGUGAUGGAGGAGAAGUAAUGGUGGGGGGAGGCACAAGUGGGUCUAAUGGUUACACUCCCACAGGCUUUCUCAACAGGCUCAGCAGGCCACUCAGACUCUCUGUGUCUUAAUUAUUCAUAGAAAAGCCUCUAAAGGUAGGUGCACAUGCAGCUCAGACAAUGCUGAAAGAGGAAACACAAGUGUUUAGUGCUGAAACGACAAUCAGGAAAGUAUUAACUGGUUGCCCUCACUCUGAGUCAUAAAUGCAGGUUUCUUUACAUGGUCAGAGUCAGCUGUAUGAGCGGCCAGCUGAUGCUUCUGUAACAUCUGCUGGAUUUAAUCAAUCUUGCUAUGGCUUGUUCAAUAGAAAAGAAUUGACUCUGUUCAUAGCAGACUUAAACUACCUGAGAUAUUAACUGCAGCCUCUUGUGUGCACUGUUUGAAGCUCUCAGUGGGUCAGAGUGUUAAGUAAGUGAGAGGUUUGUGAGGGAAGCCUGGUGCCUGAUCUGGGUCCUGACUAGGGAUGAGCGAUAGGGGCUAAAAAAAUAUCACAAUAAAAUUUGCCUUUCUGGCGAUAAUGAUAAAAGUCUCAUUAAAAAAUAUUAUAAUUCCAAUCUUUAUUAUUGGCUCAUUCUGUCUUGAGAACACCAAUUGGAAUAGUCAAAUAAGAUUGAGUCAUACGUUAUGGAGAAAACUAAUGAUAUCAAACAAGUCUCAAACGUGAAAACAUUCUCAACAUUUGUUGAAAACUCUAAAAGCACAGAGUGAACAGCAGCAGAUCCACUGUCUGAUGUCAGGCAGACCUGAUUGCACUCAUCUUAACCCCAAACUUGAAGAAAAUCCCUCAUGUGGAGCCUCAUUCAGUAACGUCGUCUUAGUUACCUUCGGCCAUGUUUGUUUGUUGUUCUGCCCUGUGUGGGCUAUGGCUGAAAGUCGGUGGCUCACGCUUACGUUGAGAUGGCAAAUAUUUAUCAUGGAGGAUUUUUCUGACGAUAUAUCAUGAACGAUAAUUAAAGUCAUUUGUAUUCUGUUGAAUGAAAUCUGGUAAAACUGUGGUUAGAUAUGAUCUCUGAUGUUCUCAAUCAAAUCUAAACAUAAAUCCAGCCUUUUUUUUUUGCAUGUUCUGAUUUAUAAUUUCAUAUUAUAACUUCUUCAAUGCUAAGUGAUUUUUAAGACCGUGUGUGAGUUUAGGCAGUAAAAUUUAGACCAGUCUCUGACUGCUGGGGUUAUAAAAUCCUGAUAGACUUCCCUCUGAGGUGGCUCCACAAAUAUCAGGACACACGCUACUUUUAUUUUUCUCCGAUUCUGUGUGAAGAUGAGAUCAGACUGAGCCCUGUCAGGUAAGACCAAAACCACUCCCAUCCCAUCUUCAGCCUUGUGAAUGAAACACUUUACAGCAUUAUGAAGUCACAGUAGAGAGGAGGAAUCUCCUUUAACAGGCAGAAACCUUGAGCAGAACCAGACUUAUGGUAGACAGUCAUCUGCUUAGACUGAGCUGGGUUUAGAGAGGAGAAAGAGAGAGAUGGACAGAGGAGAGAUUGAUGCCUGCAGUUGAAGCAGCUGGAAAGCAGACAGGUCUACAGCAGUGUUCUGGGAAAAUAUAGGUGUUGAAGACAGAAAUGCCUUUAGUGGAAGUGCCAAAAAACAAAAAAAGCCUGACAGCAGUGCGGUAAUUAAAAAAACACUAGCAAAGCAGAUGUCCUAUUUACAGAGAUCAUAAUCCCUUCCACCCUGGUCCCAAUGAGUGCAACUACAUGAACUUUGGUGUCUGUUUUUGAGCCUCAUUCUGGUUUUGAUCAGAUUAUGGAUGGGAUGUUUUCAUGCACACAGAGAAAACCGGUUAUUUAUGUCCCUGUGCACAAGACAAACACUUGUAGCCUUGUUUCUGAUAACUGCUUCUUAUUUGCAGUAAUUAUUUUAUUUCAUCCUAUUUGAGUUACCUAAACAGGUUACCUACACACAGUCUGUGUCUCCCUGUAAAGUCUCAGCGUUUAAAGCAGUAGAGGAGCCGUCACCAAAACCACUUCCUGCUGUGGUGGCCAGAGGACUUUGAUCCAGCAUCCCGUCCAAGGUUUUGUGUAAUUUGAUAGUUUCUGGAUCAGAGCCACUUCUUUUGUUCUGAUGAUUGGCUGUGUAGUAAUGUUUCUUCUGCAGUGCUUUCCAGCCUGACCUGACUUGCUCUACCGUUUGUAUUUGGAAACCUGCGCCCUAUAGCCAGUUCAUUGACGAUUAAAAUAGGUCAACAUAAGGCUGGGCGACAAAACGAUAACAAUAUGUAUUGAAAAUUAAUUUCCAUCAAUAUUGAUAUAAAACACGGUCCAUAUGCUUUUCGAUAGUCUGCAUUAUGCCAUGUCUGGGUAGACUAUAUAAAUAGCCAAUGAAAAGGGGAGUUGCUCUGGGUCCACUUCGCACUGAACCAAUCAUGUGCUGAAUUAGAGCCAAGUAGCAAACUGCUGCGUAGUAGCAGGCUGCAGCUACAUGCAAAAGACGUGCCACCAAUAAGCACUGAUAAAUUUCAUUUUUUAUAUUGUAAAAUAUAUGGAUAUCAACUGAUAUGAAAAAAAUAUAUCCUGAUGAACUUUUUGUCAUAUUGCCUAGCCCUAGGUCAGCAUUUUAAUGUGUCCUCUGAUCUAAACCUUCAGUUUGAUUUAGUCCUGGUAUUACUGAAAGGAGAAGCUCAGUCUAAAACUCUGCAACUGCUACUGCUGCCAGGUUUGUUUUUACUAAUACGUUACUUUGCUGUGGCCGCACCUUUGCAGGUAGAGAGCAGCUUUCAGAAACCAGGCAGCUGGGAUAAGCUUUAUUCCUGGUUAAUCAGGGUGAUGUUUACAUGCAAAAACACAAAAACAGGCUACUUUAAAGACCCAAACAAAAUCAGGAUCCUAAUAUACUCAGUGUUAUUAGAUGCAUAUCUACCUCUUUCUCUCCGCACAUUUCCUGUCUGUCUCAAGCUAGCUGUUUUAUCUAAUAAAGGCUCCAAGAUCCAGAAAUAAUCUCACAAAUGAUUAUUUCUGAAAAACACAUGUCCUUCACAGAUACAGGGUUGCCCUAAGUUUCCAAAAAGGAUGCAACACUGUGAGGGAAUGUGUCCACAGCUAGCUCUCUAAGAUAAAAAUCUGUUUUUAAUGUAUCAUUUAUAUUUUCCUAUCACAAUGGGUUUUAAUAGAAUAUUUUGCUUGACUGGUAAGGGAUCGUUUUACUUUUUUUUUCUUUUUUUUUACUGUAAAUUGAAUGUAAACAAGUUAACAAUUGACCAAAUGAACUCUUAUUAAUCUGAGUACCUUUGGCUAAUGUGAGAGCAUACAGGGAAAUCCUGCUCAGCUCUAAAUUUGGAUCUUAGAGGGUUAAGUGAACAGAAACACUUCAUCUCCAAAGAGGGCUUGUAUUGUGAAAGAUUAGUAAAAACUGUUGCUGAAAAUUCUGUGAUUUGUACAGUUUUUACAGUGACACUCACACCUCAGGACAAAAUGUAGAAAUGACACAUGUAUGGAGCUAAACUGUGUUACUCUUUACUACCACGCACACUCUUGCUCCAAGCACUGUUUGUUUUACAGCAGGCUGUAGUUUCAUGAAAUAAGAAUCCAUCAAUAAUCAAAAUGCAGUUUCACACAGCAACAGUCUUCAAGAAAUGAAAGCACUCAGUCCCUGCUGUCUCGCUCCAAAGCCAAAACACUUGGACAAAGCCUCAUUUUUUUUUUGUUUUCAGUAUUUUAAUGUGCUCUCCAUAGAAUCAGCAUCAGUGUGAUCUGAGGUUGAUAUUCUACCUGCUUCCAGACCCUGUUUCACAGUCUGCACUAAUCCACUCAGCUGUACCAGUGAGAGAAUUCUUUAAGAGGGUGACCUAGUUCUGGGCAUAUGCUGCUAUCAAGACUACAGCAUUACAAUGUGUUCAACCUGCACCCUGAUCCCACUCCUCUGCAGAAAUGCUCUUUUUUUAACUCCUGUCUGACCUCACUUUUCCCCCUAUGUCCAUCCUGUGUGCUGGUAGGGCCAGGGGAAGACAUGGGGGCCAAGGAAUCGCUGCUCAAGGCUCCGGAGCACUGCUCUCUGCUGGUUCCUUCUCCUACUCUGGAGAACAUCCAAACAGCAUAUGAAGGAGGAGAGAAGGAGGCUGCCAGGGAGCUGAUCCAACAAGCCUGCUGUGUGGAGUGCAGUGGGGGGGUGCCCCACAUUGACGGGGUGAGUACAGCCAAAACAUACAGGACUGCCUGCUGCCUAGUCUGCUGCUGGUGCAGGGUGCAAUUGCACUUAAUGUCAGUGGUUGAAAGAAAAGACUGUGUUUGUGUGUUUAUGUGCUUCAUAAAGAAAGAAUGUUGUAUUUAGCACUCUGGGGGUUUGAUUGUCAUGUUUCAGUUAAUCAAACACAAAUGAGAUGAUAAUGUUAAAUUUUCAUACCAUGAAUGGAGGUAUAAUUGCUUUAUGGGCUUUUACUUGGGGAAUGUCGUAUCUUAUUUUAGGACAAGCUGUCAUGUGUGUACAGUGUGAUUUAAAUUGCAUUAUACCUUCAUAGAAAACUAAAAACAGCAUCUUUUGAAUUGUGGUUUUCAUAAUACAUAAUUUCUUUGACCUUAUUCAGUGAUAUAGGUUUAGAAAUAGCCAAGUCCAAUUAUUUAGAUUAAUCUGCUGGACACAAACAUACAUGGAAUGUCUGAUCUGUGAGGAGAGGUCUACAGUCUGGCUGCAGUUUACCCCUGCAAAAGAUAAGAAGUAAGAGAAAUUUGAUUCAUUUUCUGUAAAUAAUUCCUUACAAGGAGGGAAAACAACCUCCAUGACCAAGCUCACCUACACCGAGCAUCAAAGUCAAUCAAAAUGCAUCAUCUUUGGCUGUCUUCAGGGAGAAAAACCUCUGUACAGCUGCUGCAGGACAGUCCCCCUUCUCCUCCAGUCAAAACACCUCUGAUAAUCACAUCCGAACUUUGUAGCAAAUCCUGUUAGUUAAAAAUAGUAAUCCAGUUUUGAAAUCCAUGUGGAAACUCGCAGGUUGAACCAAAUGAGGUAAUGUAAGGUUACAUUUCAAUGUUAUUUGAGGUUGGUUCAGUUAAAUCACUAAAGGGACAGAAGAAACUCCUUAAAUAAUGAGAGCAAUACCAGUUCUGACCGAAACUUGUCACGACUUUUCAGCAAAUAGUAGAAGAGAUGCUUCAACAGAUUUAAUAAGAUCCUUUGAUAGUGAUAUUACCAUCGGCAAAUAAAUGGACAAUCUCUACUGUUACAGCAGCUGCAGAAAUACUAUGUCUUGAAAGUUAGGAGGGUUUUUAAAUAAGCUUCCUCUUACUAUCACUGCAUAACAAUGAGAUCCUGUUUUGAUACACAGUAGAAAUGUGUGGUCUGCUUGGGCUGCAAACUUGGUCUGACAAAAUGAUCAUGGUCUGAUAGAAGCUUAGAACUCAAAUGAAUGGGUAAUGAUUGCUAAAUAAAAUGGUGUAAACAAUAUAAUUUAAGCUUGAAGUUAAAUGCCCUAUUAUAAUCUUUGUAAUAUGAUUUUUAAAGAAAUUAAUUUAAUUUUUUCCAUUAUCAUAGAUUUGACUUCAUAUUAGCAAUUCAUUUGAAAAAUCGAUACUUGGUAAAUGAGAUGAUAUAUCACCAGACAAAAUAUCGUGAUACUAUGCUGUAUCUAUUUUAUUAUCUAUUAUUAUGUAUUAUAUUUUUAUAUAAUUAAAUUAACAUUAAGUAGCUGAACUGGUAACAGGUAUAUAAAUAAUGAUUCUCUUCUUGUGUUUGUCUGUGUGUAUUAUUAUAGGUAAGUCUCCUUUGUGUAGCCACCCAGCACGAUGAUUUGCAGAGUGUGUGUUACCUCCUAAAAGAGGCCCAUGUCGCCGUGCCUGAUCAGCCGACCAACAACAACCCAGCAAUCCUGGCAGCGUACUACGGCCACACAAGCCUGGUCAAAGAGCUGCUGGACUCCAUACCAGGUAGGACAUCCAUUCUAGUGAAAAAUUGAUGUUUUUAGCGCUGUUUCUGGUCGGCCGGCUCAGUCAUUUAUGUCCUGGUCUUCUUCCAACGGGACACGGAAAGCGUCUCAGUUCUGACGCAGUGAGUCAGUCACGGCCUGUCUGGACCUGUGGUCUGGACUUGGUACCAGGUCCAGUGAUGCUCCUCCUGUCGGUCUCUAUCAGGACACCUGAAGCUAAAGCCAGCCUAAAACUUUUUCACACAAUGCAAAUGGAUGGUUGAGAACCACUGAGCUAGAAGAAGUCAUUGAACAUAGCUAUUGAACAAAUAUUACCUUAAAAUAUUAUGCAACAUGCUCUGGAGUUUGAAGAGCUGUCUGACUCUGUAUUUCGGCAGGGGUGAAUUUUGCAGUACAGAGCCAAGAUAUGGUAGUUGAGGUUAAAGUCCUUUAUUGUACUCCAGACUGAUUUAUUAGCAAGGGUCACCUGCCUGACUGCCCUCAGCAUCACGUCAGGUACUGCACUGCCAUGUUCUAUUUUUCUUUUGUAAUUCCUGACCAUGUCUUCUUGCUUUCUCCUCUUUGUUAAACCACUCUCAUUUCUGUAAGAAGAAAGUCAAAAUUUCUGUAUGACAACUGCUGAUAAGCAGACUCUCUAUGUUAAUUUUAAUCCCUUUUAAACAUGUGAUAACUAACCCCAAAACGACUGAGACAUGUUGCCCCAAACUACCAUGUUUGCUAAUUCUAGCUCUAGCUUAAAGUUAGCUUAAAACAGAACAAUGACUGCAGUAUGACAGGAUGCCUUAAUCUCUCCUCUAACAAGUCCACAUGUAUCACUGCUGGGAUUUUUAUCUGGAAGAAGCUUAUUUUAAAAUAUAUAAAGUUAAAUUUUUUACUUUGGGUUGUGUAAAAUGGUUAAUUGGCGCUCAUCUCAGCUCACAAUAUGCUCUUCUCUUCUCAGACAGGACAUGAUCCCUGACCAUGUACAGGAAGAAAACUAGUAUUGUAUUUUUUAGUUGCGCCCUCUGGUGGCAAAGAUAAUUGCAAUGUGACAACUUACCCAUGUGACAACAAGCCCCGGUCUCCCCUACAUUCUAAUGAGGGAUCACUUGUGUUGCUGAUGGUUAUGCCAAGUUUGACUUGCCACUGGUGCUCAGUUGCAGCUGUGUAAAUUUGUCAAUCUGUCUUUGCUGAGUCUGUCACUCCAACAAGUCAGAUUGAUGUCAGCUAAAAAUCAGUCUUUCUAUGGAGCCAAAUUAACAGAUUAUAGUCAUUAAAUAUCAUAAACAGACUGAAAGAUUGCUGAAGUAACUACAUCAGGACGCUGAUUUGUAAUACAUUAAAUUAAUUAGUUCAGCUGGUCUGUCAGAUGUCAAACAACCACUUUUAAAAUGCACGUUUUUCAAAUGGUGAUCAAACAACAAAAAGUGAAAUCCUUAAACUAAAGGGUUCCAUUUACGAAGAAUUACAGGAUUUCAUAUUGUUUGCUUGUGCCACACAAAAAAGUGGGGUGAGGAAUCAGCAGGUAAUUUAUACUAUACUAUACAAUCAGAUGCUAUGGAACAUGACAUGACACGGUACGAUAGGAUAUGACAUGAUACAACAUGAUACCAUACUAUACUACUCAGCAUAAAAUGAUUAAAUAAAAUAAAGUACUAUAAGUAAGUCCAGUUGCCCUUGGACGACAAUGAUCUUGAUGAAUAAGAACCUACACAGGCAAAGUACAAUAAGAUCAAUUGUACAGUGCAAUAAGUUCAAUUCCACCAUAUUAAGUGGUCGUCACAUGAAAUUUUGUGUUUCGAGUAAAUAGUAUAUUGACGGGAUUUGUAAUAAAACAUGUCACCUGACAUAUAAAAGUCAUUUGGAUAUUGCUCGCCACUGUACUUUGUAGACUGACAAGAGUUUCAAAGUUUUUUCGUGAAUGUAGCCGGUGUCUUUGGUAGCCGCUUCAACAUACUGUUUACUCAGGAGGGAGGGGGCGGGUGAGUGUUUCUUAAGAGUUACAUAGUGGUGCCAUAGAUAAGCGGUCCCGGGAACAUUUCCCUAGUCAAACGUUCCUACUCCUGCAAUAACAGCAUUUCAGUCACAUGAUGCCAAUUUCCUUGAAAUUCUGGGUUUAACAGUAGAAUCCAUUUUUAUUGCCCAAUUUCGAAAUUCCAUCUGUGAUUCCGUUAUCAUGGAAAUCAUAGGGCCCUACCCAUGCAGUUUGCCUAUUAUGCAAACAAGUUAGACUCAUCUGUCAGACUCCUGAAGUUUUCACAAUCCUAAACAGAAAGGUGUCCACUGUAGACUCAUUCCGGUUACUGGGAUCCACUAUCCCUGAAAUCAUCAUCAUAAACUUCUGACAGAUAAGCAUGGGUGUCAGGCUCAUAGAACUGUUAGAGCACUGAAUUUUCCAAAUAAAAUUAUAAUGCUUGGUGCUUCUACAUGGAUGUAUCACACAAGUUAAGACCACAGAAUAAUGGGACAUUUUGCCCCACCCUUGAACAUAAUAGCUUUACUUUUGAUCACUUCUGGUGUAAAAUGCACUCAAAUUAACUGCUCAUCUUCAUAGGUGAGCGCUUUUACUCUAAUACCUUAGGAUGAUAAAAGAAAAAGGUGGCCCUCUGAAAGAAAAGUCUUUUUUAGACAGGGUUAAAGCUGGAUGCCAGGGCACCUGCUUCUCAUAUCCACGUGAGUCCCCCACCCUUGUGAAUGCAUAAUUCAAAAUCACUGGAGCACCCCUUUGUUUAUUGCAUUAUUCUCUUUGCUGCGUUUUCUAAUCUGCUUUCUAAGUUGUGAUUGUUGCCAAAACACAGAAUAAGGGAGGACUUUGGUCCAAGUGAAGGCCCUGACGCAACACCGUUAUUGUUUCCUCAGUUUGCUGAGUGAGCUCUCACAAAUCGUUUUUUUUCUCCUAAUUCAAGUUAAAUGAGAGGUUAACCACAUCAUUGAACAAAAAUACUCAUCAUUAGAGUAUAGACUAUGCCUUUCUGACAAACCUUUAAACUCUCUCUGAAAAUAAGCCUGUGGAGCCUAUCCCAGUUAUAAUUAUAAAAAAAUAUGAUUAUAAAACCAAUAGUUUCUGUGUCUUUUGAAAUACAGGGCCAACAUACACAGACAAACAACCAACCAUUCACACAUCUACACUCACCUACAGGACAGAGUAACCUGAUUACCAUUGUUGGCAUCAAUGUUUGUAAAUUAGUCCUUUUUUCACUAUGAGGAUCAUUUGUACAGGAGGAAAGUUUGUGGUGUGUGUUUUAAGCCUGGGCUCUGUGUUUUCAGUUUAUUUCUGUACAUACAGUAUUUAAGGAUCUAAACUGGAUUGCUAUUUGGAGUGGUUCCUUUUGAAAGCUUUGAUACGAGUUCCUGUCUGCAGUUUUUCAUACUCUGGGUUACUAUGAGUGGCUGAAGCUUUCACUCUGAUACAAAGAUUACCAGCCCACCGAAUUAGAGUAAUCCAGUCUGGGUGAUGUUUAGGACUGAUUUGGUUUCUGGUUCUCUCUAAGGUCCCAGUCUUAGGGGGGACUUACUUAACUGGAUGCUGGCCACAUCCUGCCAGCAGGGUCACCUGGAUGUGGUCCGGCUGCUGGUCCAAGGCUACGGUGCUGAUGCCAAGGACUGUGCCAUCCAAAGCAAUGAGUUCGCUGUCAUCACGGGGCUUCCUCUGUACGCUGCUGCACGAGUGGGUGAGGAGACACACUUCUCUUUGUCACUAAAACGACUUGCCAUGAUAACACCAAGUCUACAUCCUGGAUUGCUUCUUUACCUCUACAGAGUGUCACAGAUCACACAGUAUCAGGACUAAAACAGCUUUGAUUCAUGAUAUAAUCCAGUUUAUGCCUGUAGCUGCUAUGCAUGUAAGCUGCUUUUAGGUAGGUGUUUAUUGUUCGCUGCUAUCUUGUACAGGCAGUGCCUCACACCAGCUUAACUGUGUGCGUCUAUCUAAGAGACUAAAUAAAUCAAUUAUGCUGCUUUUAGUUUAAUUAUCUGCAUGAUGCCUAUGAGCAGUUACAAUUGAUUGGAAAUAAAAACAAAGAGAAAGAGGGUUUGUGACAGAGAGACUGAUAAUUUCCUUUUUUUAACUAUGCUGACAUUAGAGAAAUUGAUGUAAUCUGAACAUUGAUCUGGUUUGAAAGCCUUGAAUUGAUUCAAAACCACAAUAAGAAAAAGAAUGAGGAUGCUGGGUAACAUGUUGAUGAUAAAAGUGAUGGUUUCUGUGUCAUUUAAAAUCUAUAUUUAAUAGAAAAUAGUGCAAAGAGAACAUUUAAAUAUUUGAAAAACAUUGUUUUAAAAUAAAUGUAUGCAAAAGGUUUCCGAGCAGUUGAGACAUGCACAGCCAAAACCUGAAUAGGCUUUGAUUUUCAACAGAGAGGCUGAUAUGAGAGAAGAUUCACCACUCUGAGAGACUGUGUAAACUGAUAAUGUAAAAUUUUAAGGUUAAUGUUCCUCGGAUUGGAAUCACAAAGAAUUUUGGGAUUUUAUCAUCUGCAGUCCUUAAUAUUUAAGAUUCAGAGAGUCUGGGGAAAUCUCUGUGCAAGACUCUGUAGGGGAAAUCACUGCUUGUUUGAAGUCCACCAUGCACAGAGGAACAUAAUCCAGAAAUGCUUCAAUGUCUCCAGGUCUGAGGCCAUUUAGGAUGGAUGGAAGUGGAAAACAGUUCUGUGAUUUGAACAAGUCAAAUUUUGACUUCCUUGUUGUCCACAGUCCAAAGCCAGCAUCCCUGGUGGUGUGGGGAUCAUCAGGGUUCCACAUCUAUGAAGGCUCCGUUAAUGCUGAACAAUAUCUACAGGUUUAGGAGCAACAUCUGCUGACAUCCAGACAAAGACUCUUUCAGUUAACUGUAUAAACUAUUGAUGGGAGCUUGCAUUCAGCACUGUCUCAUCUCUAGCAGAGCUUACUGGGCUCAGCGUUUAAAUCUUCUGAUCCAAAGGGAGUUACUGCAGCAGCUUAGCAGGGACCAAAACAAGCAGCUUCACAGAAUCACUGUGAAAUACAACACAACACAAACACAUGCCGCUGGUUGGCUGCAGUGUUAAUCUUACAGCAGUCUAAGAAAAGAUGACAGGGAAAAAAAAUACUGCUAUUCAAUGACCAAAUCCUUUUAAACAUGCACUGGUUCAUACAGACUGGAAACUGUUUGGCUUUGUGCUGGAAUAGAGGAAUGACUCUUGUGUUUUCUGUUGCAGCAAAUGAAGAGAUCGCUCAGUUCCUGCUGCAGAAUGGAGCAGGGUUCUCCUCAUACACCCUGAUAGACCAUCCAGCCUUCAGCAAACACCUCCUCCGGCUCAGACUGCUGGAAAACUCCAAUGCAGAGGGAGAGCUGGUCUGUAAUCUGGGAACAAAGGGGGUCGAUGUAAAGUCUUUCGAACCUUAAGGAGCAGAUCAUCAUCACUGUGUUCUACAUGAACACAGCAUGUUUAAACUGAUAGACUCAAUCAGCUGUUUUCAUGUAGAUUUGGAGAAGGUCUGGGUUUGACCAGAGAAAAAAAGUUUCUUCAUUCAAGUAUUACAGAGUUUUAGGACCAUUAUUAUUGAAGUUCUUAGAGUUUCUUCACAUGAAAUCUGCUUUGUUCUCACCUCUCAUGAUAUCCCUCUGGAUGUAUGUGUGUGUGCAGGUGGUCAGUGUGUGUUGGAGUGGUCUGCAGCUUCCCUGGCUAGACCUGGACUGGUUCAUGGACAUCUCCUCCAGAAUCACACACCUGGAUCUGUCAUCUAAUAACCUGUCCACUCUUCCCUCUGUGGUGCCCUGGGGCCUGAUCCACCUUGAGACUUUGGAUCUUUCUAAUAACCAGCUCAAAGAGCUGCCAGCUACCAGCAGCUCCCAGGAAAUCAUCUGCUGCAGGUACUCACUGCAGGGGGUUCCUCACAUUGAUGCAGGGUCCAUAUAAUUUUUUUUUUUCGAACAUGUGCAUGCAACACAAGAAAGUAAACUGAAAACAAACAAACAAAAUCAAUGAGAAUAUUCAAAACAACAAUAACAAUAAUCAAAGCAUCAUGAAUAUCCCCAGUAAUGCCUGCUCUACUCUUAGCAGGGGGUCUUUGCUGCUGCUCACAAAUAAAACUUCUUUUGUGAAAUUAAUUAUUUAUCUUUAAGAAAGUGGUCCUGACUGAAGUGCCCAUUGUUUCGGUCCAGUCCAUUUACAUCUGACCGAACUAGUGAGAAUCACUCUGUCAUGUGUUUUAGUUUACAGCAGGUCAACCUCUCCCAGAAUAAACUCACUGGAUUACCACAUGGACUCCUCCAUCUGACCCACAUCCAGAGACUCUUUGCUGCCAAGAACCAGCUCACAGUCCUGUUUGACAUCCCAUCAAGUAUGUCCUGACUCAUGUGUAUGUAACUAUUGAAUGUGUGCAGAGAACACUCAGAUACACGCAUAUUUUACAAGUAACUUUGUCUUUAAAAAGAUCUUGUUUUAAUCAUAAUCAUUUAUCUACCACCCAAACGCAACACUGUUUUUAUUCAGGAGUUUUCAGAGUUUCUUUCCCUUUUUAUUUGUAAAUAUGACAAAAUUCUUAUUUUGGGUGAUUUCAAUGUACAUGUCUGCUGUCCCUCACAACCCUUAACUGUUGAUUUUAUUGCAGCUCUGGACCCCUUUAAUCUUACCCAGGCAAUACAGGAACCCACUCAUGUAAAGGGACAUUGCUUAGAUUUGGUUUUAUUUACUGGACUUAGUCCAGGUGAUAGAUCUUUCUCCAUCAGGGCUCCUCUACUUUGGAACGACCUGCCAGAGGAGAUAAGGCGUGCAGAGACAGACAUUUCUUUUUCGUAAAACUUAAAAACUCACUUUUACAGACUUGCUUUUAUGUCAUGCCGUCUUUUUCCUUUUUCUCCUUUUUCUUUUAUCUCUUUUACCUCUAUCUUAUUUCGACUUGCUAUCCUUUUAGCCUUUGUUUUACUUAUAAUCUUUUCUUAUUUUCUUAUUUUAUUUUUAGGUCCUUUAUUGAUUUUAAUGUUUUUUUUCCUGUUCAUUUUUAUUAUUCAAUUUUAUCAUUAAUAUUACCAUCAUUAUUAUUUUAUUAUGAUUGUAUUAUCAUUAUUAAUAUCCUCUUUUAUACUUACUAUCCUAUCCUUACUUAUACUUACAAUCCUGUUUCCUGCUUUCUGUCCUCCUUUUCUAUUUUAUUCUUCUUCUUACCUAUUUUAUGUUUUUAUGUUGGUCCUCAUGGUCUCAUUUUAUGUUGUAGGGUUCUUGUAUUGCCUGGGUUUCUCAUGAAAAAUGAAACUGGCCUUUAAUUCAGAGGCUUUGUUUUUAACUGAGAUUUUGUUUUUAUUUCCAUGUGCUGAUGUUCUGUUCUUGCAACUGUUGUCAAAACACUUUGUAAACUUCUGUUUUUUAAAAGUGCUAAAUAAAUAAAUAAAGUUAAGUAAAGUUAAGUCUCUUGUCUAAAAGGCUGUGAUUGAUCAGCAUGAUUGUUGCUGAGAUUUUUUCCUUUAGUGUCUGAAUGGACAGGACCAGUAUUUUCUUCAUAAGGCUUUAUUUUGAGCCGUUAGUAGUAACAUGUUGUAAAAACUUAAGUUUCUCUGUUCCCAACUUACAGGAACAUUAAUGAAUACACUGAUGUUGUCUGAUCUAUAUAAAUGGAGCCUGUCGUAUAUCAGUUUUCAGAGUUAAAAUGAUGAAUUUGAUGGUCAAUACGAAAAGAUAAAGAGCUGUAACAGCUAGAGGAUGUUGUGGUAGUUUAUUUGGAAUUUAGUGAGUCUUUCUUUUCGCCACAGGUACUAACUGGAUUGGUCUCCGUAAGCUGGAGGAGCUGGAUGUGUCUGAAAACUCUCUUAGCAGUCUGCCCAUGACAGUCAUGCACUCUCUAAAAUCUUUGAGUUUCCUCAACGUCUGCAGGAACCAACUCAGCUGCUUCCCUGAUGCCUGGGCCUGUCCACUGGUAAGAAACCACAAAAAACUGCUCUUUGUGUCUAUGUACAUCUAGUUUAUACAGAAUAGCCACAUGUUAUAGCCUGAAUAUGGGACCUCAGUUUUAAAAAGGGUUUUAUUGGUGGCCCCCGGCGUGUAUCAUAAGUUUUGUUUUGGAGUCUGUAACAGUGAUGCAUCAGUUUGUCUAUCUAGUUUGAUAAGCCUUCAAGAUCCUUUUUUAAACUACUUUUAUGCUCUCAUCACACAGAAACACUUCAUUAUUAACGACAAAGUUUCAUACACUGCUGCACAUUUAAAAGGUCAUCUGUGUGUUGUCUUCCUCCAUUGUCUACUACACGUAACUAUGUUUUGAUUUCCAACAGGGAAAAUGCCGCAAAAGAAUCAAAAUAAGAAUCCAUUUGUAAAUUUCACUUCGUGUUCGAGAGGCAAUAGUCCUCAUAGCACUUCUCUGAUCAAAACAAAAAAGCCAUGAAAAUGGAGUGAAGAAGUUAGCUGGACCACCUUUGUAUGUGCAAGAAUCUGUAUUUGAUUCUAAAUGGUGUUCAGUGUUGCCAACUCCUCAGUAAGGAAAGUAACUCGUGGCUGUCACAGAAGUGGCUAAAAGUCACUGGAUGAGAUCGAUACCUGCAUUCAUGUCAGAGGCUCCAAACUCCAGAAAAAGUCACUAGAUUUGUCGCAAGGCAUUUUUUCGAAAAUAAGUUGCUACUAUUGAUGUCCCCCGGGUCCUAGGUCCAUGUCCCCCGGGUCCUAGCACCACCAACAUUGGUUCCCCAUUCUCACUAAUAACAGUUUAUGGGGAGCCAGGACCCGUCCCCCACUGUCACUCCCAACACCAGGAAAACACUUUAAAUACCAUAUCAAACAACCUUACUGUAGACUCUGCCCCGCAGCCACCCACACACAUCACCCACAUCACCCUCAGCACCAUCUUCCUCCAUCCAUGGACUCCCUAUCCCUAACCCAAUCAUUACAACCUCAAACAUAUAAAAAGAGACCACCCCCAUCCCCCACAAACACCAGAGCGAAAACUUAACAUGGCACUUUUAAAUGUACGUUCUCUAUUAAAUAAGACUGUUUUAAUCAAUGAUCUGAUUUUAGAUAACGGUAUUGAUUUUAUGUUUUUAACUGAGACAUGGCUUGGCUCUGAUGGACCCGCAGCACUUAAUGAAGCAUCCCCACCUGGUUUUAAUUAUUUACAUUCUUUUAGAGAGGGUAGACAGGAUGGGGGGACUGCAACAAUUCUUUUUGGGUCACAUGGUUUUAAAGAGGUUUUAUUUGGUGAUUUUAUUUCAUUUGAGUACCAUUCCUUUGUUUUUAGCAGUCCUCCUAUAUUUUGUUUUUAUAUUUUUAUCUAUAUAUGUUACCAUUAGGAGAUGUCAUCAGGAGACACAGCAUUAACUUUCAUAGCUAUGCUGAUGAUACACAGCUCUACCUGGCUGUGUCUCCUGAAGACACAGGGCCCAUUGAUGCCCUUUUUGACUGUAUUGUAGAUGUCCAGUUCUGGAUGGCAGACAACUUCUUGCAGCUCAACCAGGACAAAACCCAGGUUUUAGUCAUCGGUACAGGUCCAGAGAGCGAGAGAAACUGGAGAACAAACUCAGAGGACUGUCUUUUAAUCCCUCAAAAAAAGUUAAAACACUGGGUGUUAUAUGAGAUUUUAAUCUCAGCUUUGAAUCACACAUUCGCGAUAUCACCUAAAAGGCUUUUUAUCACCUUAAGAACAUCUCUAGAGUCCGCCAGUUUCUCUCUCAAGCCAAUGCAGAGACUCUUGUCCACGCUUUUCUUACCCGCAGAAUUGAUUAUUGCAAUGCUCUCCUCUCUGGUCUUCCUAAAAAGAACAUUUCACAGCUUCAGCUGCUGCAAAAUUUAGCUGCACGUAUGCUGACGAAGACCAGGAGGAGAGCCCAGAUUACACCAAUUUUAAAGUCUCUGCAUUGGCUUCCUGUGUCUUUUAGAAUAGAUUUUAAGGUUCUUUUAUUAGUUUAUAAAUGUCUUAAUGGUCUUGGUCGUCCUUAUUUUUCUGAUUUGCUUUUACGAUAUGAGCCCAGUAGAGCCCUCAGGUCUUCAAGUAGUGGUCUUUUAAUAGUCCCCAAAGUUAGAACCAAAACAUACGGUGAGGCAUCGUUUUAUUAUUAUAGCCCCCGUCUGUGGAACAGUCUGCCUGAAGACCUGAGUGCAGCACCUACAGUUCAUAUUUUUUUAAAGCAAACUCAAGACCUUCCUUUUUAGUCUGACUUUUUAGCAGAUUUUUGUUUUAUUCCUCUAGCCUCUCUUUUUGUCUACUCUUUUUAUCUUAUGUAUUUUACUUGUUUACUUUAGUCCCAAAAUUAUUAUUUUAUGUUUUAACACUAUUUGUUUAUUUUCUUUUAUUGUUUGAUUUAAAAAAAGUUUUAUUAUAUAAUAUUUUAUUAUUAUUAUUUUGUUAUUAUUACUUUUUUAUUUCAAUUUAUUUUUUUAUCAUUUCAUGAGUUUCCUAUAUCUUAUCAUGGUUUUAUCAGUUUGGAGGGUGGGUGUGUGGGUGGGGUUUUGCAAUUUGUAUUUUAUUUUUGUAUUUUAUUUGGUAUCUCCUGAUCCUCUCCUUCUUGUGUUCUUUAAUGUACAGCACUUUGUGAUACAGUCUGUGCAUGAAAAGUGAUUGAUUGAUUGAUUGAUUGAUUGAUUGAUUGAUUGAUUGAUUGAUUGAUUGAUUGAUUGAUUGAUUGAUUGAUUGAUUGAUUGAUAGGGGGGUCUGAAAAGUCGCUAAAUCUAACAACAAAGUCACUAGGUUGGCAACACUGAUGGUGUCCAAAGAUAAAUCUUAUUUAAAGCUCUGAAAGAUGAACUUUUGGUUUGUGUUAUUAAUGUCUUAUGAGAAAAAAUCUCAUCUCACUGACUUUUGAAUGUCAAUUUGUGAAUAUUUAAUGUAGAUAUCUAAAAAGGGGUUGUUUCUUUAUCAGGGCACUGACACCUACCCUUCACACCAAUUUCAGUAUCAAAAAUUCCUGUGUGAAAAUCGUAUUUCUUGUCAAAGAUGCUCUUUUUCUCUUUAAAAUCUCAUAAAAACACAUCAGUAUGAAUUUCAGUGUAUUUUAUUGAUGUCCAAAAACUCCUCACAGGAGCUUUAAUCUUUUUCAUGGUCUUUACGGUCUCCAUUCAUUGUGAAGUGGUGCAGCUGUUGUUUGUCUCUGAUGUAAAAGUAAAUAUGUUUUUGGGGUGGUAGUUUGCCAGAUUUGUUUGGAAACUUGGAGAUCUCAAUCCUCAUUAAAUCACAGGAGGACUAGACACACAAAGAAAGAGGACAGGUUGUAAGAGAGGUGUCAGUUCAAUGCUCUGUGAAUUGGUCAGCCGGUCAAAGUUGUCUUUAAAAUAAUACAGACAUUCCUGUCUCUCUCCACAGAAACAGUGCAAAGCUUCUUCCAACUUAAUAAAAAGUCUUCCAGACACCUUCUCCAUCUUCUGGAGGACUCACCUGCAGGAGCUGGACUUCUCUGAUAACAGCCUGACAGAGCUGCCUGCACACAUCUUUGAGCUGGAGGUAGGCACCAUCAUCUGGAUUUGUUACGGUCCAACUGAAAAGCAGCAAGCUUAGGAGCUCCAGAUGGUCCAGUCUGGUGUGUGUGGUCUACUCACUAGCCUCUAGAUGGCAUUGUGGCUCAACAGAAGGCUUUAUCUCCUGGUCGCCGAGUUUCUUUGUUGCUUUUGAAACUUUGAAGCACCAUAGAGGAUUAAACAGAACUUUAAACGAAUGAGCUUCAAAAAAGAAACACUCACAGGAUCAAGUUCACUCUGAGGUGACAUAUUUUAAGUCAAAGAAUUGAUCUCAGUCACAGAUUCAUUUACUUUUUUUUUCUAACUUUCUUUGCUGUCAGAUAUAAGGGCUGCAGGGAAAUGUACCAAACUGAAGUGUUUACAUUUUUUGAUGGGCUAGCAGUGAAUAAUGCAACAAUAGAGCCGUCGUCAUGAUCAUGUCAGUCAGUCUCAUCCUUUUGAUCUUUUCUUUUUUCAUGUCUUUCUGUUUGCAGAAGCACGCAGAUCGCUCCCUUUCUCUCCUCACAAAUGCACUUUUCUGUUACUGCUGUCCUCUGACAGGAACUUAAUUCCUUCACUGCCUGGGUGACAAGUCCUGUCCUGUAUACAAUAGUAUAGCAUGGUUUGCCUGGAGCAGUGACACUGCCACUUGAGGCACCUGAGUGACUGACCAAACACUGCUCACUCUCUGAAGAAGAGGCCUGAUACAGCCGUUUCUCAACAGCUGCCAGAGGCUGCAGAUACUUUCCUGAGAGGGAACAGCUCUGCAAAAAAACAAUGAAGUGAACAUACAGGUCCACCACAGCUAAAGCUACAAUCCACUGUCAAUCAAAUCAUCUUCCCCUUCUACUGCAUUCAAUCCCAUGUCCUGCUGUUCACAAAUCAAAGUGUCCUUAUGUGAAACAUUGAACCUCAGAGAAUGAAUAAAUAAAUACAUGAAUAAAUAGAGUCCAUUUACUGUUGACUCUCUGUCUCUGUAAUGUUGUCAGACAUUCAGAUGAACAGUCUGACUCUGUUGGAGACUAAAACACAGCCUUCUGGUUGAUAAACUUUGGUUUAGCUGCUGGGUGAAGCAAAUAACUUUUAAGACCUCUUUGUAGUGUAAACAAAGUUAAGUAAAAGUAGGUCCAGGAUUUCAGAUCUAUAUGAUCCUGCUUUAAAUUCAAGUAACUUUGUGGGGCUUUAUGUUCUCCUGGCCGCUCAAUGUCAGAGAAAGCUAAUUGUCUGAAUUCCUCUUAGAGUAAAUAGUGAGUGUGUGGUUUACAGUAUCUCACUCAGCCUCCCCUCCUCCACCCUGCAGGCUCUGGUCUCUCUGAGGUUGUGUGGGAACCACAUUGCGACACUCCCAGCCUCCAGUAAGUGGAAAUGCUCUCAGCUCAGGACCCUCGACUUUUCCAGGAACCAGCUGGGCAAGUAGGUCCUCGGAGACACCCACACUGUCUUGUCUUUGUGUGCGAGUGUGUCAGUUAAGGUCAGCUGUUAAUGUACAUCUCAGCCUCCACUUCAGCCUUAAAUAACAGUGUGUAGAGCAGCAGGGCCGUGUAUACAAGUUUGGAUGCUGAAGAUGUAGUUUGGUUCAGGGAUGACCUUGUCAUUUUGUUUGAAAUAUCAGGUUGAACUUUUUGACACAUGCUGAUGAUGACACAUCAGAGGUCAAAGAUGAAGUUUACAUUUGUGCUCACUUUCAGUCCAGUGACUGAUUUGUGUCGUUUAGCAUGUAUCUUUACAAGAGUUAAAACUUGGACAUCAUGCUGUGGGCACAGUUUGGAAGUACAGAGGAGUGACUUAUUUCUGUAUUUCAAACUGUGUCUUUAGGACUGAGGAGGGACCCAAGUCCAGGAGGCUGGCCUUUCUAACCACGUGGAACAGGAGGGACCCUGACCCAGGUUAGAUCUGCUUCACAGUCUGAUGAAUAAAAUCCCCCCAAAAAAGCGAUCACAGGAGCAGUUUUACUUCAGCUCGAUCAAAAUCAUUGGGAUUCAUGAAUUAACACUAAAUGUUGUGUUUUCAUGGAUAUUUAACAUCUGAUCUAAACACAGAUGAUGCUUCGUCUUUGUAUCCAAUAUGUCAAAAUUAAUAAUAUAAUAAAUGAACCUAUAUUUACAUGUCUUUAUAUACUGUUUAUCAACCCUCAGCCUCCUUAUUUAGUUAUGUUUUAUCUCUCUUAUAUUUUUUUAUGUGUUUAUUUUUCUUUUUUGUUGUUUAUGUCGUAUUCUGUUUUUUUAUUUAUCUAUAUAUCAAUUAUUAAUUUAUUUUAUUCUAUUCUGUUUUUGUUUAUUUAUCUAUUUUUUGUCAUGUCUUAUUCAGAUUUAUACUUAUUUAACACUGUGACAGACAGUGAUUUUUCCUUGUAAUUUUCCCUCUUUUUUAACCACUAGGUUUGCUUAGCAAAAGUCUUAUGAUUACGCUAACCAGACCAAAUGCAAAAUGCAACAAUGUAAACAUUUGGUCCCUGAGCCGGACCUUCUAGGCAGACUUUGGGUGAGAAAGACCCCUAAAUGAGCAUUUAUUUUUCAUAACACAAUAGCAUUAAUCAGUUUCAGUUUAGGGUUUUGCAUAAUUUUUAAUUAAACAAAGAAUUCAGACCUGUCUUUGACCCAGGAGACUGGCUGCUGGACAGUCCUUUUUACAGUCUUUCCCCUUCUUCAGCUGAUUUCCUUCAAGCAGGACUCAGAGUGAUUGGUGUUAGGGUUAGGUUAGGGUUUAUACUGGAGUUAGCUAAAACCAGUAGGAGUAAAGGGUUUCCUGUGUUUCCGUGUAAGGAGCUGGAGUUGAGGGGAUUUUGAGGGUUGAACUUGGAGCCACCUCUGGUAUUAAUCCUCAGACAUGUUGUGUGUUGUGUUUGCUGUAUGUUUCUCUGUCCCCACAGUGUGUCCCAUAGAGUUUCCCAUGAUUCUGCGGGAGUCCCUGGAAGUGCUUUACUUGAACGACAACCAGCUGGAGUGUGUCCCCCAAUCUGUGUGUGGUCUGCACAGCCUCACUGAGCUCUACCUCUCCAAGUGAGUCCCUCUGUCUGCCUGUUCCUGUGUCUCUGAGUGUCUCUGUUUACAGGCUGUCCCUCUCAGUCCUCUGUCUAUAUGCUGCUGAUGCAGAGCUUGAUAAGUUUUUGCUGUUUUUUUUCAGCUACCCUUUGGACUAAUAUUUGUUGGAGGUUAUAAUGCCCUAGUUUUUCUGCAAGCAUUCACGAAAAGGCUAAAAACAAGAUCAAGGUGUUGAGCACUCGGUCACAUUUUUAGAGGCUGAGCUGUUGAAGGCAUGAUUUGCUUUCUUUGAAGAUGAGGUUUGUCAAAAGUAAGGAUCACCCAUUGAAGAUCCUAGUGAGCCAGCUUGACUCCUUAAUUUAGAAACCAGCCAGAGUACUGGAGUGGAAGCAAGGCCAUCAACUGCUGUGGACAGGGUCAACUCUACCACAUUAUAUGGCCAAUAAAAGACCCCAAAACACCCAAAGACUGAUGUUGGUGGAGGUGCAUGCUCCAUCUGCUCUGCCAGAAACCAUUCAUUUCUGCACCAUCCUCAAAUGUUAUCUAAUCGUAUUUCUCCGCCUGCAGCAUGCUUGUCAGCUGUUCAGGCCUUAAGUGCAUCAGUCAGUUUCACUUUCCCACGGUGCACUGAUAAUAUUGUAGAAUUGAUACUUCUGCAGCAAAGUCUCGACAAAAUGCCAAACCUCAAAAGGCACCAAAGAUUGUCCAGCAGUUUGUUCUUAAGCUCAGUCUUCCCUGUCAACGAUUAACAGUGUAUUUUACUAAGGUCAUCAUGCAGACGAAACUUAUGUUGUAGAGGCAAGUCCAACUAGUAUCAAUUCCUAUUCCCUAUACCCACCAGCUCAGAAGAGUGUCUGCCACCAGUCAUGGUUUUUGUCUCUUUCAAAAAACACAUCAUGUUGGCUUUUUUCUCAUAGACUGAGGAGCUGCAGAAACUUAAGUUUCCAAAGAAAUUUAAAGGUUAGGCCUGUCUGACUUAAGACAAGAACUAACAAAGUGAAAAAUAGCUCAACUUCUUGGGCUUCCCCUGAAAUCCUCGAGUCCCUGGGAACCCCUGCUCUCUAUGAGCUCAGUCUGCUGCAGAGCCUUGCAGCUGUCUUCUAACCAGCAGAAGAUUUCUGCACUCACACACAUACCAGAGUUACUAAAUUAACGGAAGUCAUGGAUCCACAGAGUCACACUGCUGCCAAAAAUGACUUCAGAUUCACGUCCAUCUGACUGACUGUAGAAAAAGCGGCUCAUGUGACCUGACAGGCUCUUUAGAUAAGAAUCUGUGAGAUCCAAAUAAUUUUAAGGAAUCCAAGUAAAGGAUAAGUUAUAAAACUGUUGAGCGACUGAAUUUCAGGCCACUGCAGUCUUCCUGUAAUGUGAUGUUGUAUCUCUCCUGCUCUGGGGUCAGUAAUCCUGGGAUCAGGGAGCUACCAGCAGAGCUCGGUCAGCUCUCUAACCUGUGGCAGCUGGACAUCGAAGACCUCAACAUCACCAAUGUGCCCCAGGAUGUGAGGAAAGAAGGUACAGCAUCUAUGUAUUCAGACCAACCUUUUCCAAGAAAUGUAUUGAAAACGGCUUAUCUCCAGACUGUCACCUACAGUAUAAAGGGCAGCUGACGCUUUUCUAGUGCUUACAGAUAAAAAGUAUGUCAAAGCAAUAAUAAAUGAUAAUAAAAAUAUAUUUAAUUUAUAGGCACCUUUCAGGACAAUCAAGGUUGUCAUACAAAACAAUUAACAGACAAGUAAAAUACACAUUAGCACAUCAAAACGGUUUUAAAUGAAAGAGAAGAAAGAAAACAACCCCAGUCCAAGAAAACAUGAUAUGCCAUUUGAAAAGAUGAAACCAGAAUCUGCUUGUUUGCAAACCAUUUUAAUGUUCAAUAUAGAAUAGUGCAGAAACUGAGACAACAAAAAAAAACAAAUAUCUUGCAAGGUGGGAGUCUCAGUCUGCUGCUGAAUGAGCUGCUUAAAGCCCCCACAGUCUGGUGCAGUGGGUGAGAGGGAUUGUCCAUGAUGGAUACAAGCUUUGCUAACAUCCUCCUCUCACCCACCUCCUCCAGGGAGUCCAAAGAGCAGUCCAGGACAGAACUGGCCCUCCUGACCAGUCUAUUCAGUCUCUUCCUGUCCCUCUCGGUGCUCCCUGCCCCCCAGCAGACCACUGCAUAGAAAAGUGCAGAUGCUACCACAGAGUCAUAGAAAGUCCUGAGCAGAGUCCUGCACACUCCAAAGGACCUCAGUCUCCUCAGCAGGUGGAGACGACUUUGGCCCUUCUUGUACAGGACGUCUGUGCUGGUUGACCAGUCCAGUUUAUUGUUGAGGUGGACACCCAGGAAUCUGUAGGACUCCACCAUCUCGAUGUCCAGACCCUGGAUGUUCACUGGAACAGUCUGAGGUGUCGUCCUCCUGCCUAAAUCCAUGACUAUCUCCUUUGUCUUACUGGCGUUGAGCUGGAGGGGGUUUUUGCCACACCAGUUGACAAAGUCAGUGAUGACAGUCCUGUAUUCCCGCUCAUCCCCUGACGAUACACAUCCGACGAUGGCUGUGUCAUCAGAGAACUUCUGGAGGUGACAGUUUCCAGAGUUGUAGCUGAAGUCUGAUGUGUACAGGGUGAAGAGGAAGGGGGAGAGCACUGUCCCCUGUGGAGCCCCCGUGCUGCAGACCACCAUGUCCGAUACACAGUUCUGAAGCCUCACAAACUGUGGUCUGUCGGUGAGGUAGUCCACGGUCCAUGCGGCUAGGUGACAGUCCACUCCCGCCCUCAGAGCUUCCCCCUGAGCAGUGAAGGCUGGAUGGUGUUGAAAGCACUGGAGAAGUCAAAAAACAUGACCCUCACAGUGCUGCCGGUAUUCUCCAAGUGGGCCAUGGACCUCUGCAGCAGGUAGAUGACAGCAUCGUCCACCCCGAUGUUCGGCUGGUACGCAAACUGCAGAGGAUCCAGAUGAGAGCUCACCAGGAGGCGGAGGUUCCUCAGCACGAUCCUCUCCAGAGUCUUCAUCAGGUGAGAAGUGAGGGCCACAGGUCUGAAGUGGUCGGGCUCCCUGGGGUGUGCUGUCUUGGGGACAGGAAUCAUGCAGGAAGUCUUCCACAGUGUUGGGACCCUCUCCAGACUCAGGCUCAAGCUGAAGAUGUGCAGUAGCACCUCACAGAGCUGGUCUGCACAGUCCUUCAGGAGUCUGGAGCUGAUGCCGUCAGGACCCGUGGCUUUCCUUGGCUUCAUCUUCCUCAGCUCACUUCUCACCUGGUCAGCUGUUAUGGAGAGGCUGGGGGUGGUGCUGGAGGGGGUGGUGGAGGAUGAGUGGAGGGGGGUUGAUGAUGCCGGUGCCAUGGAACUGAGGUGGUGUGAAGAAGAAGCAGCAGACGGGUCAUUGGUUUGAUGAGUUGGGGGAGGAGUGGGAGCAGAGUCAAAUCUAUUGAAGAACAGAUUCAGCUCGUUGGCCCACUCCCUGUCUCCUGCUUCAGGUCCACUCUCAUGGCCCCUGCUAUGACCUGAGAUGGAUUUCAGGCCUCUCCAGACCUCCCUCGUGUUGUUCUGUUGCAGAAGGUUUUCCAUCUUGGUCUUGUAGCUGGCCUUCCCCUCUCUGAUCUUCUUCUUCAACUCCUUCUGCACCCUCCUCAGCUCCUCCUUGUCCCUGGAUUUAAAGACCCUCGUUUUCUCCUUCAGGAGGACUUUAAGUUCCGGGGUCACCCAGGAUUUGCUGUUGGAGAAACACCGUACUUUCUUGGUGGGUACGGUGUUCUCAACACAGAAGUUUAUAUAGUCUGUGAUACAGUCUGUCAUGGUGUCGAUGUCAUCACCAUGUGGGCCGCACAGUACAUCCCAGUCUGUGGUCUCAAAACAGUCCUGCAAAACAAAGUGCUAGAGUCAUGAAAUGCACAUCCAUGGUUGGAAUAUGCAAAACACAACACUGCUAAAUAAAAACAAAGACAAAUAAGGUGCAAAAACAACAAUAAGAAGGCAAAAACGUAAAGUCUGUGAGGAGCUGCUGUGACUUGCUGCCACUCUCAAGGCACUCAGUCACACACAUCAUAGGUCAAAGAAAACAAAAAGAAAUGUCAGAGAAAACAAAAAAGAAGCUCAAAGAAAAAAAAAGAGAUCAGAGAAAACGGGUUUCAACUGAUGAUGCAUGUCUUUGUUAAAUUUUGUUUUGUAUUUGCCGGAUACACCUAGUUUUAGAGUAUAAUGUGUAUUACUUCAUCCUGUGUUUAUCAUGUAUUUGCUUCGGUAACAUGCAGUAUAACUUUUAUAUCGAUAAAAUCCAAACUGUGACAUCUCUGAUCUGCAGGUCCUUGUUCUAUACUGGCUUUCCUCCGGGCUCAGCUUCGAAAAGCAGAACCUUACAGACUGCAGAAGAUGCUUGUGAUUGGCCCACCGAGGCAGGGGAAGACCACCCUGCUGGAGGCUCUGCAGUUUGGGAGGAUCUCCCCCUUCACUCCUGCAGAUCGCAGCAUCUCCACCUUUACCUGGGAGCUGGAGAAGCCCAACGGAGGCAAAAACAGUGUAAGCUAAGGGGGAUGGCAGACUCACCUUCGUCUGUUUUGAUUUCAGACCAUUAGCUGUUUGAUUUUGAUUUUUCACCCUAUGUUAGCUUUUCUUCCUCAGCAACUCUGUAUAGCUGCGCAGCCAGAGUUACUGCGGAAAGGAAAAGCAGUCAGAGACAAAUAGGGCCUGAGGUUUGCUGCCGAUGAGUUCAUGUUUCUGAGAGAUACCUCCACCAGCUCAGCAACAAACCUGUUGAGAGAUCCACUCUUAAUAUUAUUAUUAAUAGAUGGACAGAAAAAAUUAGCAUGACCAGACUCUGAGGAUGUACAGUACUGUCUGUGUAAUAACAGUUUACUAUCAGUAUCAACGUGAAAAACUUGAUCACGUUUAAUUCUGUGCACAUGACAGACUUUUGUCUCAACAAGUGGAGUCCCUGUAUGUUUGAAGCCAAUCUUAAACUAACGACUUUUUCAUGUUUUAGUCAUCUCAGGCUCUACUUUUUUUACCUGACAGUUCGACAUUCCCUGUAGAAUAGAAGAGAAUAUUCCUUUAUUGAUCCCCCAUGGGGGAAAUUUUUUGUCACAGCAGCAUCACAGACAACGUGCAAAAACACAGUUAUAAAAAUAAAGAUCGUCGUAUAUUAAGAACUUAAAUAAAUGUAAUAAUUAAGAAAAAAAAUAGAAAAGAAAAAAGGAGAAGAAAAUAUAAAACUAGAUACAAUAUACACAAUUUAAGUACCAGAAAAAAGUGGUGGUGUGAGUUCAGUUAUUAUUACAGUUCGUUGUAAAGUCUUAUUGCAGAAGGAAGGAAAGACCUGCAGUAGCGCUCCAUCUUGCAAGGUGGGAGUCUAAGUCUGCUGCUGAUGGAGCUGCUUACAGCCCCCACAGUCUGGUGCAGUGGGUGAGAGGGAUUGUCCAUGAUGGAUGUAUCACUCAGCUCUGGUUUUGUUCCCCACAGAAGGACUCAGUGGCGUUCAACGUCUGGGACAUCGGAGGGCAGGCCAGCAUGUCCACAGUAAACCAGUGUUUCUUCACUGAUAAGGCCCUGUAUCUGGUGGUCUGGAAUCUGGCUCUGGGAGAGGAGGCUGUGGCCAACCUGCAGACAUGGCUGCUCAACAUAGAGGUGACGUUUAUCUCUCUCUCUCUCUCUCUCUCUCUCUCUCUCUCUCUCUCUCUCUCUCUCUCUCACUCACUCACUCACUCACUCACUCACUCACUCACUCACUCUGUCUCUCUCUCACUCACUCACUCACUCACUCACUCACUCACUCACUCACUCACUCACUCACUUACUCACUCACUCACUCACUCACUCACUCACUCUCUCUCUCUCUCUCUCACUCACUCACUCACUCACACAUUUCUGCUGAGUGUAUGAGUGUUAAAAACAGGGCGAGGUUGAUUCUGAGCAAAGCACUGGUGUAAGUGUUUCCAGUGAAGAGGGGAGGAGUGUCCUGAUUUAAAGGAAGUUUAAUUGCUGUCAGACCACAUGAACCAAUAACUGCCUGAUGGAUGUAAUUGAAUGGAAACGUGUUGAAACGUCUGAACUUAUAUUUCAUAUGAAGCCUUGUUUCUAACAAACAGUUAAUAAUGUGUCUUCAGUGGAAGAGAUUAACCACAUUAAAGGCUCAUUCCUGUCUCAUUUGUGAUGAAUGUUUGUUUACAUUUUAUAAUCAGUUGAGUAGAUUGCAUCAGUCUGACAUUUAAAGUCUGUCCAGUAAAAGUUCUUAAUUAUGUUUGAGUGUUUGCAGCAAGCAUUUCAGUUUGGUCCAGUUUAGGGCGGUAAACCCUGAUCUUGUUUUUUUGCUGGGAGUGUUUUGGCUGUGUGAUCAUUCCUAAACAGCCUGACUUUGGUUUCAGCGUGCAUUUUAGUAACAGAGACCACUGGUAUGAGCAAAAUAUUUAAUGCCUGUCUCAUACACAAAAUUACAGACUCCUAGUCUUGCCAAUUUUAUUCCAAAAGCUGCAUUCAUAUCUUUCCAAAAGCAUUUCCUGACCUAAAAAACAAAAGAGAGAAAAAAGGGGAGAUAUCUUUUAUUUAUGCAAAUAGUUUUACUGAUAAGAAUAAUCCAAAAAGGUCUCUCCUGCUCCUCCUCCUCCUCCUCCUCCUUCUCAAUCAGAGAGUUGAAGUGUGUCUAGCUCCACACUUGGCGGUUGGACAGGUGGUCUUAGUAAGUCAGAUCAAGAAAGCCAGAAAUGGAGGACAGUACUUUGCCUGGCAUUUGGUAGUGGAAAUGCAAGUUAUUUUGUUUCAGGCUGAACUCAAUUAAACCAGGCCUCUUCUAGGAAAUACAGUUUUAGUGUCUGACAACCAUGUGAAGAAAGAGCAUUAUUGGUUUAAUUCAAGACAGAUUAAUGACAUAUUUCAAGUCACUAAUUUAGUCUGCAGAUCACAAGGAGUGCUGGUGUGAUUUUAGUUUUUAUGAGUUUGGUGGGUUUUUAUUUAUAUAUUUUUUUUGUCAGUUUAGUUCAGACAAAAUACUUUAAAAGCUCACAGGUUCAGACCUGAAGCAGAGCAUAUAGUGUUUGUUUGUUAAAGGGGUCUGAUACUUCACACAGAUGAAAGUCAUGACUGUUUCUCCCCCUUGAAGAGGAGUUUGCAGAGUAGAAUUAAUCACUUAAAAAUGUAACAUAUCCAUCUUAAUGAAAUACAUCCUCCUCUUCUUUGGAAAAAAAGGAUUAUCUCUGGGGUCCUUCGUUUGAUCAUCAGACAGAUGCACUUGUUUUCUGAUAUCCAAAGCUAACUGACCCACUGUAAACAUCAUUGAGCAUACGUAUCUCUGUGCCUUUGAUUGUACUUCAGCUUUGACAUCAAUUCGUAAACAUGUUGGUUUUGUGUGUUUUGGUCUGCAGGCUCGAGCGCCAAAUUCUGCAGUGCUGGUGGUGGGAACACAUUUAGACCUCAUUGACACUAAGUUCCGCACUGAGAGACUGGCCACGCUGAGGGCCUACAUUCUGGCUCUGUGUCGGUCACCAUCAGGGGCUCGAGCCUCGGGUUUCCCCGACAUCACCUGGAAACACCUACAGUAAGACAUUUCAGUGUACGUUUGUGUUGACUGAAGGAUGCUGCUGUGGGUUCAUGUGGACUCUUGGUGUAUGAAUCAGAAAAUCUCAAUGAGUGUACAUUCACCUGUGAUGUGUCUGUGUGGUCAGUGAAGUGUCCUGUAAGACCCUGGAGGGCCUGAAUGUACUGAAGAAGCUGAUCCAGAAGGUGGCUCUCUCCAUGAAAGACAGUGGCAGCUCAGCGGGGGGCAGCAGACUGCUUGGCAGACUAGUGAGUGAGACAGUCAAGUAUAUAAAGUCUUAAAGGGAUAUCCCGGCAAAAUUUUAAGUCAUGGUCAAACACACCAUAACACAGAGUUAGUGUUUUAUCCUUUAUACAACUCAUGUCAUAAAAAAAGAGUAAUUCUCUCUGUUGGUAAAGGCUGUUCAGCUCAAGAAACUCCUUUCAUUUCUAUGUUACCAUGAACCAGAGACAGGUUUAUAUCAUCAUGUCCUCCACCAGAUCCCCAGGAGCUACCUGAACCUCCAGGAGGCCAUGAUCCGAGAGAAGCAGAGGAGAGAUGCAGAGGGAGAGGUCCAGUACCUCACUGAUGUCCAGCUGGAUGGUAUUAUCGAACAGAGCCCAGGAAGUGACAUCAGAGACUACGAGGACCUGCAGACUGGUACUAUGACUCACUCAGUAAAUAAAUAUCUAUUUCAAAAGAAACGAGUCAGCGGUACCGAACCAGAAGUAAAGAAUAAGUUGAAUAAUCUGCCCACCAAGCAGCUCCUCGAAGGUUUCCCUCUUCUGGAGAGUUGAUUUCAGCGCUCGGCUUUUCAUUUGUGUUGCUCUUUGAUGACUUGGUAUGUUGCAUAAAGACUGCUAUUUGUAGUGUGGGAAAGUCACAGCUCUUUCCCAAAGAUAAAUGCACCAGAAAACAGCAGUGAACCUUUAUAUCAUAGACUGUAUAUAGAAUGAACAGAGUCUGCCUCCUCGCUGGGUAAAGCCACUCCGAGAACAGCCGCCUCUGAUGGUGGGCUGCAGUAUAGGUCAUAAAUCCCGCCUCCUCCAGCAAAGCUUAUGGAGCUGUGGACAAACUUUAGAAAUUUAUUAUGCAGAACAUAAAUUUUUCUCCCCCCUGCUUAUGAUGUUGACAUGUAUUUAUUGUUAGACUGGUUUGUGCUCAAGUCCUCUUUUUUCUGUGAAGCUCUGUUUUUAAAAGUUAUUAGGGGGUUCAUGUUUUCUAUGAUUGACACUUGGUACAGCCUAUGGGCGUUCAGGGAUUGCGUAGCUCUCCUGGGGGAUACGCUGUUUGAGUCAUCACAGCGACUCUCUGCGACUGUGUGGCGGAAUGCGCACAUCGCUACUGCGCAGCGCUGGUUUCAGGAAAUGAAGAAAAAUCCCGGAAAUGCCGAGAGCUUUUUGGCUUCAAAUCCGUAUACAGGCGGGAGGUGGAACCAAGUUGUCCAAAGUAUAGUAUAGUUUAUAUCUUCAAGACAACAGUCACUCUGUGAUGGUUUGUGUUCCCCACUCCUCUGGUAACUACUUUGUAAACAAAAGCCAGUGUGAGCAAGAUUUGUGUCUCAAUUGUCAUGAAUACCUGGGACUGUUUCAUCUAAGAAAACCUGGAAUUAACAUUAUUAAAGCUAAUGCAACCUAUGAGCCACUGUGGGAUUUUUCUCAAAGACUUUCAGUCGUUUUAUGACUACAGAGCUGUGUGAAAUGUAACACAGACCAAACCAGUCAGUCCAGAUGUCACAGCACACACAGGUUCUUAUGAUAAUGUUUUUUCUUACUUAUUUCACUCUGGCUAAGCAGUGUGCUGACUGUGUCACUAUCGAGGCCAAAACUCGCUAAUGGGGCAAAAUAACUCGCUUAUUUUGAAAGAACACCAGUGUUGACUAUGAGUUGUCUUUGUUAGUUGUGAACUAUUUGUCAUGUUUGCCUAUAGCUUUCAUACAGUACCCAGUAUCCCAGCUUGUGUGCCUGUUUAAUCCUCUGGUUACACCAUCUAUGGACAAACAUGGGGCUAAUGACUCCUCUGUCUCCUGAAUCCACUUCCAGCCAUCAACUUCUUGAUAGAAACAGGGACCAUGCUCCACUUCCCAGACACCAGUCAUGGCCUGUGCACCCUUUACUUCUUGUGCCCUGUUUGGUUGUCUGAAUGCCUGGAGAGGAUCCUGCACCUCAAGUCCUCUCGCUCUGUCGCCAGGAACGGAGUGAUCCGAGCGGAAGACCUCAGGGUAAGCAUCAGGAACCAGUUAAAGUGCAAGAGACUGGGAGUAGUUAGGGGAGCUGUCCGUCUUUUUAUUUCCCAGUUUCACUCAGAAACCUUCUGUCACCCAAAAACCUCUUUAGACAACAUGGUACCAGACACACAUUUACAUGACUCACAGCCCGCAUUAUUCUGAUCUGAUGGCCUUUAUUGUUGUAUUUAAAAUAAAUGUAGUCGUUGUUCAGUUUUUAUGAAUAGUUAUGAGCUGCGAAGACCAGGAGUGUUUUUUGACCAGACUGUAAACAUGUUUUUGCUUUACUGUAAAAAUGUUGACUUUCUGUGGUGAUGUUCUGUGAUUCAGAUGCUGCUGGUGGGAACGGGCUUCACCGAGCAGACAGAGGAACAAUAUUUCCAGUUUCUGGCCAAGUUUGAGAUCGCUCUUCCUGUGGCCAACGACAGGUAAACAUUUGUUAAGCUUGUCAGUAGUCAUUUAAUACAGUUAUUGAUUCUACAAGAAAGUGGCACCUGUUCUAAAAAAUAACUGCAAACCAAUUAUGUGCCUGUGCACCUCCUCAUAUCAUAUGCAACACCAUUUUCAUUCAAGUGUGGACACUGAUAACAGCAGAAGUUGAUGAUUUUCAAAUCAUUUAAAUCCAUAUUUAACUAAAAGUAGUGCAAAACCAACACGCUGGUACAGGAGCAUGUUUACAACUGUGUUACAUCACCACCUUUCCUUUUAACAACACUGCCAAUAUCUGGGAACCAAGGAGAGCAGCUUCGGCAAUGGGAAAGAGAAAUGUUGUCUGAGUUUUGCCUGAUGGAGGAUUUUCAGCUAAUCUACAGAUCAGAGUCUCUUUUCUCUUGUUUUCCAUUUCAAGUAUUUUCAUACAGUGACAAGUAAGGCCUGCAGACAGACCAGAUUAGCUCCUAGACUUUUCUAGAGCCGUGCUGUUGUAAUCCCUGUUGUCAGAAUGUGGUUUGUCAUUGUCUUGCUCAAAUAUGAAGGCCUUCCCUGUAAAAGUCUUUGUCUGGAUGGCAGCAGAUGUUGCUCCUAAACCUGAUUUCUCUCUUCAGCAUUAAUGGAGCCUUUACAGAUGUGGAAGAUACCCAUGCUAUGGGCACCUACGCAUCAGGGAAACUGAACUUUGUGUUAAUAGCAAUCCAGGUGGCCCCUCUCCUUUUUCGAAAAAAAAAAAGACUAGUGAAUUAUGAUUCAGCAGACCGAUUCAGCAGACGUUUCCUUUUCCCUCAGUCCUUUUCAAACUGAUUUGGACCAAGAGAAGUCCGGCUAGACUAACCUGUAUUUGUGGAUGCAGUAACAAACAGUGGACGUGAUUUUGAGCUCAUACAGUGUCUUCAAAUACAGAGUCUGGUUUUAAAGCGGUGCUGCCUCAGGGUCAUCAAACAUUUUUUUUUUUUUUAUGUCCCUUUCUUGUAGUGAUUUCUCCAGAUUCUCUGAAUCUUUAAAUAGUGUACCAUGCAGGAAAUAAAAAAAACAAUCAGGAACAUUAUUCUAUUUCUUCAUGCUGUCUCUCACAAAGAACUGAACCUCUUUACUUCUGAGAGACUCAGCUUCUCUGUAAUGCCUAAAGUAGUUGUUGAUGUUCCUCCACAUGCUUCUUAUUUUAAGAUAAAGCAACCUCAUCUGUGUUUUGUUGUCCUUGCUCAAACCUUAUGCAGGCAUUGUGUUUAAAAUGAACAUAUAUGUUUUCAUUCAACAAUAAGAUUUGUCAGUUUCAACAUCUGACAUGUCUUUGCACUAUUUACUUCAAGAAGGUUUGAGUGAUUAUCGAACUAUCCGAUUCUGCAAAUGAUCAAAUCAGACUAAAUAACAGCUGAAUCAAUGAUGAAACCACCCCAAACACUUAAACAAAUGUCAAGCUAUCAGCUCAUGGUUCUCCUGCAAAUAUCUACUUGAGAGUUUGGCAGCCAACAAACACCAAACUAGAACUGAGAAAUGUAACCAUCACACAAACAAACAAACAGCCUGGAAACAACGUAAACACACUGAAGCCAUCAGGCCAAACAACAUGCCACCACCUGGACAGUUCAGGGAAACACCUCACAAACUACAGACACUACAAACAGUCAACAUUGCAGGGAGGAACUUGUUGCUGACUACAACAAAACCCCAUCACUACCACCAAACAAUUAUGUCCUCUGCCUCCUUUGACCUUUAACCGUUUUGCAUGUGCUUUUCUCUCCACAGAUAUCUGCUGCCCCACCUUCUUCCCCCAAAACCGGCCAUGGACAUUCACAGCUUUCGCCAACAAACUAACAACACCCUGCAGCGCCUCAUCAGGAUGAGCUUUGUCCCUGCUGGAUUCUGGGAGCGCUUCAUUGCCAGGAUGCUGAUAAGCCUCACAGAGAUGGACCUGCAGGUAGUAAAAACAACAGUAGUAACAACAACAGUCAUCAUCACUUACCUUUUCUACUCCACGAAUUGAACACUUGUCACCUGUCAUUCUGUGUUUGAGCAGUCUUUUGAACCAAAGAGGAAUGCCAGGAGCAAGCACAGCAGGACCUCCGUGAUCCACAGUUUCGGAAGUGCCCAGAACAGGAACCGCUGCAGCACCUUCAGAGUCAGACGCAGCAAGACCAUUUACUGGAAGGAGGGACUGCUGGUCACCUUUGAUGGAGGUUACCUCAGGUCAGAGCUGAGGCUGGAAGGAUGCGAGCAGAAAUCUAAUUAGACAACCACUAAAGAGAGAAUAUAAUGAAGAGUGUAGGGGUUAGGGUUGGACUCAAGGAGAACCGGGGUAAAUUUAAGCUAGGGUCAAACACUGUAACACCGAGUUAGACACCCCCCCUCGAGUUAUGAAUGUUGCAGACUGCUUGUCUCUCCAGUUACACCAACUUUAGAUACCAAUACACAGUGGUCUACAUCUCCACAUGCAAACCUCAACAAAAAAGCCACUCUAUAGCCACAAAUAAUGCUCAGAACAGCACCUAACUUUAUCAAUAGUACAUAUAGGGUCCCAACCAAAGUACGAGCCAUCAGUCAUCUUUUUAGCUCUGUCUGGUUUCUUUACCUACGAGACUAAACACAACUCACCCACUCUCUUCCAGCAGCCGCUUGUUUGUGGAGGAGCCCUGACGAGUCGAUUACAGAGUGCAGCAGAGUUUCACUCAGUGCUCAAGGAAGAACAUUUAUGACCAUUACUUCAUGGAAAUGUAAUCAGUCUGAGACACUAAGGCAGAAGAACUACCGCGUCUGCAGUCCAAAAUGAUUAUUAUGACAAUUAUUACUUCAUGGAAAUGUUCUGCUGCACUCGGUGAUCGACUUGUUAGGGUGAGUUGUGUUUGGUCUCUUUGCUAAAGAAACCAGUCAAAGCUAAAAAGAUGUUUGAUGGCUAUGGCUGGGACCCUCCCACUGAGCAAUAGGUGGCUAUUACAUGUCAAAUUUUUCUUUUAGACCUAAUUUCACUGUGUAUAUUCUGUAUAUUUUCAAACGAAAUUUAGACGUUGUAUUUUAACCCAUUAUUCGAUAAUUAUUUAUUUCAAAAAACAAAUGUGAGUUGCAUAACUGAUCUCCAAGUACUCAACCAAAAUAAAUAUGAUAGCCGUUGAGCAAAAAAUGCUCAGUGGGCUGUUGGACCUCUGUUAGCCGGCUAGUCUGAACUUGGUCUUAAUUUAGAUGUCUAAAAAACUUUCAUUUUUAGACCUGUGGUAGCCUGAUUUUACACCAGUCGUCUAGGCUACAUUUAGACGUCUAUUAGACCUCUUUUAGAAAAUAAAAUGCUCAGUGGAAUAUGUACUGUUGAUGAAGUUAGGUGCUGUUCUGAGCAUUAUUUGUGGCUAUAGAGUGGCUUUUUGGUUGAGGUUGCACGUGGAUACGUAGACCACUGUGUAUUGCUAUUGUGCAGUCUUUGCUGAGGUUGGUAUAACUAGAGAAGCAAGCAGUCAGCAACAUUCAUCUGUCAAGGGAGUGUCUAACUCGGUGUUACAGGGUGUUUGACCAUAACUUGAAUUUACACCGGUAUAUCCCUUAAAGGACAGGACAGGGUAAACAGCAGGUUAGAACCGGCAGGACGUACUGGUUUGCAGGAAAGCGGCACAGAAGUGACUCAGGCAGAUCACUUGCUACACAUGUACACAUUUUCACUGUUGUAUCUAUAACAAAUUAUCCUCAGUUUUCUCAGUUAUCAGGUACUUUCUGGAAGAAAAGGGAUGAUUAGGUCUCUGAAAGUUUAGAGCUUUUCAUCAUGAGGUGCACAGCACAGAAGGUUAGGGCAGCAGGGAAAACAAAGGGUGCUACGCUGUUCCCUGAGCUGAUUGAUUGUCAUGCAUUUGUUCUCCCAUCAUGAGAAAAAAACGUGAAAAAGAUGCUGACACUUAAAAAAAUAGGCUACAUGUACACAAGUCCUGAUGAUCUGACAAAGUAGGAUUCUGUGGAAAGAGGAUAGAUGUGGUUUACUUCCACGAUGACAGAGGUCAGUCAUCAUUGACUUCAUGAACACUUGAUCAUCUGUGUUCAUUACUUUAUUGAUAAUCAAGCACACCUAAAACCAAACCACACUGACCAAAGUAAUGUGGAAGAAAAGAGGCAUCAAAGUAAAACAAAAUCCCACAAAGAGCACAAGCAUGUGUUUUUUUUAAAAAUGGAUCAUUUAGGAGAACAAAAAACUACGAGGCCUAGAUAAUCAAAAAAAAAAAAACCUGAAAGAGAACAACUCUAAAUAUAUCGUAGAUACACAGCAGCGUUCCUUUAGAUUAAAGGCCACUGAAAAAAGAUGGGUCUCUAGAUCCGGUUUUCAAGGAAAAAGCAAUAAAAUGGAUUAUUGUAGUCUUUAAAAUUGAAGAAUUGAGAGUAUGAGGCAGAACCAUAAUAUCCAGUCCUGACUGUAAAGUUGAAAGUUGUAAAUUAGCUGAUAAUAAAAGCUUUUAGAAGUUUUUUAUUCAGGCUGCAUUACUUUCCUGGCAGACAGAGGACAUUAUUGUUCUCCUCUCUUUCUACUUGUAUGGAUCACACCAGUCUUUUCCUUUAAGUGAGAACACACAGUUACAAACCCUAAUGCAAGUUUGGACGUUGUGUAAAAUGCAAAUGAAGACAGAAUCCAAUGAUUUGCAAAUCCUUUUCUAACCAUAGUCAACUGAAUACACUAUGAUGUUUCCAACCAACAUUGUUUUUAAUCUGUAGGACUAUUUGCUCACACAGUUGUUGACAAAGUGGUAAACCUGGUCCCAUCCUUGCUUGUGAAGGACUGAGUCUUUCGUUGAUACUCCUUUUAUACCCAAUCAUAACCCUCAACUGUUUUCAAUGAACCUGUUUACCUGUGAAAUGAUCCAAACAGGUGUUUUUGGAGCAGUGCUCAGUUUUAUUAGUUUGAACACUAAAUGUCUUGUCUCUGUAGUGUAAUGAGUGGAUAAGUAUUUGCUAUUCAUUGUAAUCUGUUUUUAUUCAUGUUUUACACAGUGUUCCCAACUUAAAUGGAAUUGAGGUUUGAAGACUGAACAUAAAGUAUCAGAUGAGAAGGUGUAAGUUUCUUUGUUUGAUGUAAUGAAACCCUCAGUAAAAUGAGUCGGUGUUUGUUUCUCUGCAGCGUGGAUUCAUCAGAUGUCAACUGGAAAAGGAAAAAGAGUGGAGGCAUAAAAAUCAUCUGCCAGUCCGAGACCAGAGAUUUCUCUGCCAUGGCGUUUAUCACUGAUCAUGUCAACUCUCUGAUGGAGCAGUGGUUUCCUGGUCAGUGUACUUCUCUCUGGUCAUUGUACCCAAAACAACUAAAGUGUUUAUUACCACUUAUAGAUACCUGGUCUGGUACUUUAAGUUCAGAGGGAGAGCAAAAUCUUCCUUCAGGAAAAAAGAUGAGACAAAGAUACUCAUCACAUCAUUUGACACUGGGGGCGAGGAAUCAUUCAGUGUCAAUCAUAGGAAAGGUGCAAGUGUGCCUCCUUGUACUGUAUGUUAUUUUCCUUUUAUUAGGACAUAAUGGAAUGACAAAGACUUUUCUUAAGCACCCAUUAAGUCUCUGCUUGCUCUUGAAUUUUCUCAAACUGUUUGCCUGCACUCAGACCUUAGACUAUAAAAUCAAUGACUGAGGCAGAGCCUUAUUUAUCCUUGUGCUUAGGUUGCAUUUGUGAGCUCUUGAAAUGUACUCUGGUGGAUUUUUGCUCUCAUACCUGUGUUUCUUUUUUUUUUUUUUUUUUACUAGCAACCCUGCAUAUAAAGACCCAACAGAAACCCAGUUUAUUGUCUUUGUUUUCUUUAUAAACAUCAUAGAAAUGCAUUACCUCUCACUUUGUUGUCAUUUGUUAAAACUGAAAGGUGCCUAUCAUGAUUAUACUGUCUGUUCACAGCAGUACAGCUGUCAGCUCUGCAGGUACCUGUUCAUGAUUGAGGUCUUUUUGUCCUCUGUUGUAGCUUUGACUGCCAGUGAGAGUGACGGGAGUCUCCUCAUAGAGCAGUAUGCAGCCUGUCCACUCUGUGCCUCUCUGGGCCGACAGCAGCAGGACGAGCAUGCAGACAGCUGGCUCAGUGAGGACAGAGAGAAAGAGGGACGUGAAGGCAAAGAUAGAGAAGGCAGCACUGAGGUUCACUACUUCAACAUGGAGGACUGUGUGCUAGCUGCUGUGGAAAGGGAGCACAUCAUCUGUCCUCAGCACCCUGACCAGCCGGUCCGCCUGCAGGAGCUGGUUCCUGAGCUCUUCAUGACGGACUUCCCUUUAAGGUGAGUCCCCUCCCCUCAACUGCAAUGUGUCUCCUGCCUCAAUAACAAUAGUAUAUCCACUGCUUUUGGGCUGCUCUUUCUUUACUCUCACAGUUCAAUGGAUAUAGAUUAAGGACAGAAUCAGGACAUACUGUAUGUAGCAGUAGAAGGUAAAUAUUGGACAUCUCCAUCAUCAUAGGGGUGAGCAAUAUUGACCAAAAACUAACAUCUCAAUAUUUUGCCAGUAACCAUUAUAGAUGAUGUUUUGAAGUCCUUUAAAAAUACACAAAAAUCAGUAAAACGUGUUUUUGAAAGUUUUGUGUUGUACCGAUAUUUGACUCUAAUAUUUUGAAUCCUCUCUUAGGAUUUGUUGAUUUAGCUUCCUUUGUAAAGUCAUUGUGAACAGUGUUUAUCAUUUCUUUGUCUUCUGUUGCCGUUUUUGUGAGAUGGCUAUGGAUGUUUGCUGUGCAUCUAUACAGACUGAAAUGACGGGUAUUCCUAUUUCUUUGAAAGAAUUGACUAUUUUGGCACAUGGGACACAGUCAGCUGGCGAGCUCAGUAGUAGCCUAGUCAUAGUUUUAUCCUGAUAAACGUUAAAUUUAUCAAAUUCGGGUUUGUACAUAAUAAUGCAGAGCCAGGGGGGUAGAUACCAAUCUGAUUGGACCCCUUUAGGACCUCCUCAGACUGUGAUACUUCUGUAGAGUCACAGUUUUUCUGAAGGGCUAAGGUUUUAGAUCUUUUAUAUCAGCUGUGAUGCUCAAUCACUGUCACUCUGACACUGAACUUCAUAGUUACACGAUAGUCCUUCCUCUGGACUCAUUCCACUAACACAGCCCAUAUAACUCAGCAAUACACACCCACUCCACCUCUCGAGGCUUUGGCUGAGGAAUGAGUUGCAGCUUACUCACUGUGUCAGUUGAUAAGUUGACAAGAUUCACUGGAAACCAUCUCUCCUUCAUUAAUUGGAUAAACAGUCAGUCUGCUUCUGUGUCCUGCAUUCUAGGGCUGUUAUGCAAGUCUGUGUUGAGUCCCACACACCCAUGAGAAUGAUUGUUACGACAGCUAAACAGCUCCUCCAAACAUUAAUACAAUGCAGUUGAAUGUGUUGUAAUGGAGCCCCUGUGAGAUGGAUGUUGGUAGACCCUUAUUUAUGGACACGUUACAGUUUUAUAGCUGGAUGUUAAUGUUUGAGUGCUCUCAAUAGAUUUGUUAUUCUGUUUGAGUGAAAAUAUUGAUUCACUGUCUGCACAGGCUCCACUGGGGAGCUUGAAGUUUAAUAAUAAUUAUGAUAAUAAUAAUAAACUUUAUGAAUACAGCAACUUUAAAGAAGAGUUGUCACAAAGUGAUGUCCACGUGUGAAAGAAUGAUCUGCUAUUAGACACCAUUCCUGCCAGCCUGGCUAAAGCACGUCUGGUUGUACUUGGAGGAAACUGUUGCUAUGGUUACCAUUGAACUUUGGCACUGCUCUGCUGGACUGUAAGGCUAAGGCUAGUAUGAACUCAGAUCCCUGUGGUUAAAGCAGCACAGAAAAGACUAGUGCUGAUAAUGAUCGCAUGUGCUGUAAUUAGCUGGAAGUGGGGACGCUGGUAUAAGACACUUUCUUUCUUGUCAGGUGUUACAUGUCAACCACAAACAUAAAAACACAACAUGACAUGACAUAUACCUAGCUUGAUUAUGUUGAGUCAUGGUUCUAUACUCACUCAACUAAACGCUGCUGCAAAAAUGAUGUUUUUGCUUCAUCAGUGAAAAUCACCAGAAGUUUAUUCAGUUUCCUGCAAUCAAAAAGGUGUGUAACAUGACUAAGUAUGGUGAUAAUUCAUCAACAGCUGCUGUAAAAUGACAGAUAUCAGGAGGUUAGAUCAUCAAGUUUAACACGUUAACAGAACAGUAUUUAAUUUUUGAGAAAAAUGAAAAUGUGAGUUCAAAUCAAAGUUGUCAAACAUUUUUAAGAGAUGUCCAUGUAGAUUCUCAUUCAUCCAGGUCAUGGUUAUCUUGAAGACUUAAAAACAGGCAACUGGACUGUGUAGAGUUAAGAAGACGUUUCGCCUCUUAUCCAAGAAGCUUCUUCAGUUCUAAAAGUGCUAGUGUCAGGAGCAGAUAUUUAUCUUACUGGAGAAGGGGGACAGUUAACGACUGGGAGGAGUUGAAAAGAAUGGGUCGUAGAAACCCAUCUCUCGGUGUGUCCCCCCCAAGUCGUUAUCCUGAAAGGGUCGUUAGCGACUCCUAUCAUGUGACCACAUGACUCAUGCCACCUGAGUCAUGUGGUUCCAGGUGUGAAUGUUUGUGGAGCUUUCUGGGGAGAGAGCUGAGAACUGCAUUGUAAGUGCCAGAGAGAUUGUGCCCGAGUCCACCCCCUCUGUUCAGAGAAGGUUUCUCCAGCCUGGUAAAGAUGGCUUCUUUAACUCCUCUUUCAAACCAUCUGUCUUCUCGAGCCAACACCUGUACAUCGCUGUCCUCAAAAGAGUGACCUGUAUCCUUCAAGUGAAGGUGGACAGCUGAGUCCUGACCUGAGGAAGUGGCUCUCCUGUGUUGAGCCAUGCGGUUGUUUAGUUUCCCCAAUGUACAGGUCCGAGCAUUCCUCGCUGCACUGGACGGCGUACACCACAUUACUCUGUUUAUGUCUCGGUGUUUUGUCCUUGGGAUGGACUAGCCUCUGCCUUAAUGUGUUACCAGGCUUGAAAUGAACAGGAAUGUGGUGUUUGCCAAAGAUCCUCUUGAGUUUCUCAGACAGGCCUGCAACGUAAGGGAUUACAGUGCUCUUGCGUCUCUCCUCCCUUUCCUGUUCAAUGUUAUUUCUCUUUUUGUUCUUCACAAAGGCCCACUUAGGGUAUCCACAGGUUGUCAGGGCAUUUUUGACGUGCUUUUGUUCCUUUUCCUUACCUUCUUUCUUCGUGGGAAUGUUCUCGGCCCGGUGGUUGAGUGUUCUGAUGACACCCAGUUUGUGCUGCAGAGAAUGGUGGGAAUCAAAAAGUAGAUAUUGAUCCGUGUGUGUUGGUUUCCUGUACACUUCAACGUUGAGCCACCCAUCUGCCUCCAAGUGUACAGCACAGUCCAAAAAGGCCAACACUUUGUCCUUGACAUCUUCACGGGUGAACUUGAUGUUGCUGUCCACUGUGUUGAUAUGGUCAGUGAAGGCCUCUACUUCAUGUGUUUUGAUCUUAACCCAGGUGUCAUCCACAUAUCUGAACCAGUGGCUAGGAGCAGCGCCCUUGAAAGAGGUUAGGGCCUUCCUCUCUACCUCUUCCAUGUACAGGUUUGCCACUAUAGGAGAAACCGGGGAGCCCAUCGCGCAUCCGUGUUUCUGUCUGUAAUGGCGCUCUCUGAACUGGAAGUAGGUGGUGCUGAGGCAGAUGUCCAAUAAGGAGCAGAUGUGGUCCGGAGUUAAGUUGGUUCUGACUUCCAGUGUGCUGUCCUGUGAGAGGCGUUGUCUUACUGCUUGGACUGCCUCUGUUGUUGGAAUACUUGUGAAAAGUGAUGUGACAUCGUAGGAAACCAAGUUUCUGUUUAACAACUAAAUGAUUUGCCCAAGGAAGAGUUCAUACAUCAAUAUUUGGUAAAAUAACCCUGAUUUAAAUGACAUAAUUAGUGAUUCCCUGCACACUCCUCACACAGUGGAAUAGAAUUUCUCCCAUGCCAUGUAAAGAUGCUGAUUAAAGGUCAAAACUUAAAAAAUCUGUCAUAUUUGGUCCACACUGGGUAAUAAACUACUCAAAUAAGUGAGAGAUGCACAGUGAAGCUGCCUAGAGAAAUGUUAUUUAAAUAUAUGAGGACGUGUUUGAGUAUGUGUAUACUGUGUAUUACAGUAUAAAAAUAAAAGUAACUUUACAGCAUUUGUCAAGAGACAGUGAAGAGGAAGAACUUCCUUUAACAGGCAAAAACCUCGAGCAGAACCAGACUGAUGUUAGACAGUCAUCUGCUGAGACUGAGCUGGGUUUAGAGAGGAGAGAGACAGAUGGACAGAAGAGAGACUGAUAGAGGGAGAUGGAGAAAGAGAGAGAUGGACAGAAGAGAGACUGUCGUCAUAGUUGAAGCAGCUGUAAAGCAGACAGGUCCUCAGUAGCUAAACAUCUGCAGCAGUGAUCCAGAGGAACCUACAUCAUGAUGAAGCUCAGGGACUCCUAAAAAAGACUGUAGCUGUGCAUCUGUCUCCGCACUGAUGUAAAACUGUGUAAAAAUGUGUGUGUGUGUGUGUGUGUGUGUGUGUGUGUGUGUGUGUGUGUGUGUGUGUGUGUGUGUGUGUGUGUGUGUGUGUGUGCGUGCGUCAGGCUCUUUUUGGAGGGGACAGACCUAGAGUACUCUGAAGAGGAGAACAACAUCCUGGGUCAGGGGGGCAGUGGGACGGUCAUCUACAGAGCUCGGUAUCGGGAUCAGCCCGUGGCCAUCAAACGCUUCCACUUCAAGAAGUGCAGACAGCAGACCAUCACCAGCGACACAGGUACAGAGGCUAAUUCUAAGUUUUAUUUUAUCAUUCCAUAAAUAAAACUUCACUGUGAAAUAAACAUGUUUACAGAUUCAAAAGAAAACUCUCUAAGCAUAACAGACUGUACUCAAAAUGUACAUGUACAUGUUUUUAAUGUCACGUUCUUAUGAAACUUAAUUCAGAAGUUUGAGUUUAUAAUGACACCAGCUAUAAAAAGACUGCCCUCUAGUGGGCUUUUAAAGUGGUUCUCUGUUGCAGAAAGCUGGGGUUUGUAAAAGAAGAUAAUUACAGCUUAAUAAACAACUCUAAUAAACAAUAACCGUGUUCUUUCUACCAAUAACCAUGAACAACAAAGUUUGGCACAGUUCUUAACUGGAGGACACAGGUAGAUAUUCCUCUGUAACAGAAGUGGAAACACAGACGUAAGUUACACAAACAAAGAGCCCUUCAUCGUGGACUCAAAAUGAGUCAUUGUAAGCCUCAGAUUAUACACUUUAUGAUAUUCCAUAAAAACAAUGGACAGUGAAAAAAACAGUAAAUAACCGUAAAUCUUGGACUGAAGGACGAUUGGAAAGUCAGGCACUGAGCAGGGCCAAGGUGACCACAAUUAUAUGAGUAAUAAUCAGAAAAUCAAUGACUGAAUAAAAUGUGUGGAAAAGAAAAUAAAAGAUUGAAGCUUUCUGAGAAAACAGUGUUUGCUUCAUCCUCUUCUUCCUCUUUGCGUCUCCUCAGACACCAUGAUCAAGCACCUGCAGUCUGCUGAUACCUGGCGGAGCUUCUCUGAGUUUCGGCAGGAGGCCAGUAUGUUGCACUCUCUGCAGCACCCCUGCAUCGUGUCCCUGGUGGGCAUCAGCAUCCAUCCGCUGUGCUUCGCCCUGCAGUUAGCCCCCCUGGGCAGCCUUAACACUGUUCUGGAAGAGAAGCACAAAAGCAAAGGUAGGGGGGAUGAUCUCUGGAUGAUAGACCACUGUGUGCACCAGCUGGAUCUGGGUGUGAGGUCAUGUCCCACUGGGACCUGGAGGUUAUGUGAAAGUUACAAAACUAAGUCAGGCAUAAUAAGAAAGAUCAACUUUGUUUACAUCAAGCUUGUGCCCUCAGCUCAUGGAGUAAAUUUCAUGUCUAAGUCUGAAUCCUCUCACUCCAGACUCCUGGAACUGGCAGUUCCUGCAGGGUUUUUCAAAUGUGGUGACCUGGAGAAACCUCCAGAGCUGAAAUAAACAUACAGAGUCAAUCAAACUUUAAGAAUACAUUUAUUGGGUCAGCAGUUGGCAUUAAGCAACAUCUGCUGGAUUUUAAAAUAAAGUGCCUAAGGCAUCGAUUAUAAACGAGUAAAAUCUGGUUGGAGUUGGACAGCAAAGCUCUUAGAGAAAUGGUUCAUGUAUUCUGGGAUUUGGAUGUGCUACAGUUAAUAGGACUGUUAAAGUUGUGAUGCAGUCGGGAUUUUAUGAAGUUAAUUAUAAAGACCUGAUGAGAUGAUUGGGUUAGUUUGCUGAUUUUCUGUGUACUGAAAUUGUGUCUGCCACCGCCCACUGUCCAAGCUGUCAUAUUUGUCCGGUUGGCGAGGAGAACAUGCUGGUGUGUAAUUUAAAUCUUAAUUUGUGUCUCGUCUUUGCAGGCUCCAGGUACACGCCUCUUGGUCACAUGCUUACCUUCAGAAUAGCAUAUCAGAUUGCAGCAGGGCUGGCGUACCUUCACAGGAAGAGGAUCAUCUUCUGUGACCUGAAAUCUGACAACAUCCUGGUGUGGUCACUGGAGGUGGGUACAAGAAGGACUGAAAGUAAUGAUUGAUUUUUCUGUUUUGAUCUGUCAGUAGUAGUGAGAUUAUUGAACUUGUCAUCUGUGAUAUUUUCACAGUGGAGCAUUAAACACAGACAGAAAUAAAUGAAAUUUUCUGUCCCCUAGUCUCACACUGUAACUAAGUUUUUUCAUCUUCUUCCAGGUGCGGGAUCCGGUUAAUGUCAAACUCUCUGACUAUGGUAUUUCUCGACAGUCCUUCCAUGAGGGGGCUCUGGGGGUCGAGGGCACACCUGGGUACCAAGCUCCUGAGAUUAGACCAGGCAUUGUGUAUGACGCCAAGGUAGCUCACACCACUUUAACUCUGGACUGUGUCAUGUGUGCAGCAUUUUCAGUCAUUUGUUAUCUAUGUGUCUCAUUUUGAUGCUCUCUUGUAACCUCAGCAGGAGAGAACAGGGUCUAGACCAUUUUAUUUUAUUUUAUUUUAUAUCUUAUUUGCCGUGAAUAUGACGCCUGCAACACCUUUCAAAAAAAGUUGACCCAAGUAAAAACAAAACACCGAAAAAAGCUGUGUAAUGUUUUACUUCAGAGAGGAGGAGUCUCUCUGAAGGAAUGAUCGGAGAAGUUCUCUCCUCUGUGAGGGGCUUUAUUUCUGCAUCCUCAAAUGGAUGUUAAAACUGCACCAUGCCAAGAGGAGACCAUCUUUAGACAGGAUCCAGAGGCCUGGGCAGCUCCUGAGCCUUUUUAAAAGUUAUAUGUAGGACAGCUUAAGACAGACAGGAAAUGUCUUAAAGUGAGUAAGUUUAAGGAGACCAGAAGCAGCAAAGGGUCAAACAGCCACUCUGACAAGGACGAUGGCCCAGUACAGGAGGUGUGAGCUUAAACUGGAGCAUCAACCAGCACCAAAGUCAGAUUAAGAUAGACUGAGGAACGAAAACUACUCUGUGGUCUGAUUGCUCAAAAUUUGAUGCUCUUUUAGAAAAUCAUGGUUGCCAUGUCUUCUGCUCAGAGAGGCGGCAUCAAAGUUUUAAUCAGUACACAGUAUCAAAUUCAAUUUUAUCAACAUUUUUCCCAGAAGCCCACCUUCAACUCAUUACAAUGACUGUAAAACUGUCAAAGCACUUCAGAAGGGCUACUUGCGCUGUCUUAGAGUAGAAACUAUGUCAGAGCAAAGAUAUUGUUAUACUCCCACAAUGCUGGUGCAAACAACUCUCAACUCCUGGCUCAUCUAUUUUUUAUGGACUGGACUAUGAAGUCCUUUGAGAUCUUCAUGUCUGUCAAAGACAGCACAGUAGUUACCGCUUUAUAUAAAAAAAAAAAAAAACACAGUACAGGGGGUACACAUGCAGAGACUGAAUUCAAUUUCCAUAAUGUGAUUGUAUUUCUCUUUGGAGGACUUAGAGGGGGCUUUCAGCCAUCAGUAGGGACAAAGUAAUUCAGGAGAACUGUGUGCGUGCGUGCGUGCGUGCGUACGUGCGUGCGUGCGUGCGUGCGUGCGUGCGUGCGUGCGCACGCACACAUACUUUAAGGAACCUUCACAUACUUUAAUUUGUCUGCGACCACUUGUUAAGACAGAGGGAUGUUUACCCCCUGCCUCAGCAUUUAUUUUACCUAACACUCCAGAGUAUUUUCAGUGAGCAGGUUUAUUGGUUUGACUGGCUGUUUCCUCUCUGCAGCAUGUGACCUUUAUGCCUGGUUAGAAAUAUAUGUCUGUUUCAAACUUGUUUAAUCUAUGCUGCAUAAAAACAGCUCUGACCUGUGAAAGUACCUGAAAGUUCCUGCUGCCUGAAAAAGACAAAAAAUAUCUGGAUACAUUCAGGAAAGAAAUGAAAUAGAGCUUAAAAUAUGAGCAGGACUGGUGGUGCUUAGUGGACUUGACAUGUUUUCUGUCUCUACAUCAACUUUACAGUUAGUUUCAUGAAAAUACAAGAAAAAUAACUACAGGGGGGGAGUUUGUAUCAAUAAAAUAGAGUUGACUGCUGAGCUGAUCCCAUUGUAUCAGCACAGCAUGAGGUCAGUGUCGAUCCAAACCACCCUGAGAAAUAUCAUCACAGAAAACCAACCAGCACAAAGUAGGUGAAAAUAAUGACUGACGGGGGCUGUAGCCCAAAUCUCAACUUGAUUGGUUCCUCUUUCUGGACUAACACUGUGAGUUCAGGCAGAUUUGAGAUAAAUAUGAUGCAUAAAACCUGGGUAAUGUAGAUAAUUCCGCAAAGAAACUGUUGCCUCAUGAUUGAUGAACCUAGCCUAAUUUAUUUAUCUUUGUGGCUGUAUUAAGAUGAAGCUCUCGUCCAUGAACAUUUGGCAAACAGGGCUUAUUUCUCUCUGAGAUAAUUAAGGAGGACACUGAUCCUGCUGUUAUGCAGAACAGUUUGGUAGAUAUCCAUUUCAUUUUUAUUGCGUCAGUUUGAUUCACAGUUGUUGCUCUUUUUUAUUUCCAUUAUAAUUAUUUCUUCCACCUCAGCCAGAGACUCAAAUGAAUCUUGAUUAUAAACAUAAUUGAACAUCAUUUCAGUCAUGCUGGCCUUCAUCACACUGUUGCAGAAGUCCAACUGUGCUCAUUUACAGAAAAACUUUAAUUUAACUUAUCUCACAUACGGUCUGGCCUCAUCAGGUCCAGACCAAAGACCGUCUGUUAUAAUGUAUGUCAUACCUUUUACCGACUGUCAGGCCAAAAGAUUUAGAGCGCCAUCUGCUGGGCUCCUGCAGUGUAAAGGUUAUGAAUCUCACCUCUCCCGUUAACAAUUAAUUUACAUGUCAAUUUUUUUUUUAUCAUAAUAAUCUUUGCUAAUUUUUCUGAACUUAGUUUUGAUCAUAGGCUGAACAAUAACUAGACAGAACAUCAUUGACGUCACCUGUUUGUUUCUGGAUCAGAUUUUUUUAGCCAAUUAACUGCAGUCGCCAUAUUGGUAAGGUUGACUCAAACAUCACUCUCCAGUACAGUUGGUACCGGAGAACCUCUAAAACUACAGGCCAAAACCAUCUUUUUAACCAGGCUGUGAACGUGUUUGAGUUUGAAUGUGCUGCAACCAGCCUCUAGUGGACACUCAGGGAAUUGCAGGGAACUUUAUAUGCUAAAAUGCUAAUUACAAUGCACAAUAAAACAUGCGUAAUGUUUACAGUUUACUGUGUUGAAAUGAUGUAAAUCUCUGCAGUGAUUUGUUUAAGAAUAUCAUCCUUUUAGAUUUGAACACUGAACUUGUUUAUGUUUGGUUGUCUAGUGUCUCAGUAUUACAGCUGAAUCUUGUGUUUUACCAUUAGCUUUAACAAACAGACUGACAGUGGCAUUAGAGUUCAUAUUUAUAGAUACUGAACGCACAUCAGUGAUGAUGGUGUGGGUCGUCUUGAGUGUGUUGAACAGUGUUUAAGUUCUCUGCUGACUUGCAGAUAAUGUUGUGUUGGUUUUUUUACUACUUCUCCUCUCCCCUGGGAGUCUGGCUUCUCGUGGGCUCCCUGUUUGACUGGCUCCUGCCUCGGCAGGGGGAGCCGUAAAAAGCGCACAUACACACUUUCAUGGAUUUACACACUUUUAGCAUCAGCCUCUCCACCACAGUGUGCUGACCUCAGCCAACCAAACACUUUUUCUCCUCUCCAGGACGUUAGCAUCUAGUUUUGAUGUGGUUUAACUGUUUAAUGAGACGCAGGCUGGGCUGGAUGGAGGAGCGAGGUGUAGAAUAGAAAGUUUGGGCUUCAGGGCUGUUAACACUUGGACCAGCUGUGAAUAUCUAGGCAGGAAAUGGAACACAUACAAGGUGUGUUUUUAAAGGCCUCCAUUAUUUUAACACCUUUGAACUUUGAUUCCUAACAUAAACUGUUUUUUAGAGUUAGAGUGAAUGAAUGAAACAUUUUGUCAAGAACAGCUUUUUUCUGCAGCUGCGUUCAUUGUAGAGACAUAACAUUGUGCACCACAGUUGUUAAAUCUGGUUAAGCUGUGUCAUGAUGACAGGAUGUCAACGAGAUUCAAUAUGCUAACCCCAUAAAGUCUGACAGUGGAGGAUGGAUCUGUGUCUUUUUAAUCAAUCUUCAUUAAAACUGUGAUGCAUGAAGCUUUUAUUUUCUAUCAGUGACAGAGAGCUACAGCUGCAUUUUACUGCCUUUGACUGUACUCACAGCAGGGUUACAUUAUGUCAUGCCCGUUUGAAAAAACAGGGCAGCAAGGGAAGACCACAUCCAGACAUAGAGGACUGCUGACUUAUCAUCCCAUUUAAAUUGAUCUAGGAAGGGGGUCCGGUGUUUCCACACAUAGACCGUACCCGCACAGUCUGCCCUAAAGUGCAUUUUAACAGCCUAAUUAUGAUCACUCUUAAGUUUGACGUUUUUGCUCUCUUUUAUGCUUUAAUUUUUAAAAUUUAUUUUCCGCUGUAUAAGAUUACCAGCUGUAUCUUUUCCUACACCUGCCGUCUUACAGGAAAAGGUGCUUCAGUCAGUCAUGUUCAUCUUCUCAUUGAGGAGUGUCGUCACACUCCAAUUUAAACCUUGUCAUACUGCUGUUUAAAAAACUGGCUUCUCUCACUGACAUAGAAAUGAAAAUAAAGGACACAAACUCAAUGACUAAUCCACAUUUCCACAGACCCUUGAGAUGUUACUGCAUACCACAAAUUUUCUGCGCAUGUGGAGUCACUAACAAGUGAGGUCACUGCCACAGAGGCUUUAAGUGCUUUUGGCAUUGCACCAUUGUUUGUCUCUGCAGUUAUUCUGGGAAGUCUCCCCAGAGUCCUCCAUCUUUAUCUGGGACCAUUCCAGGUCAGGAAUCCACUUUGAUAUUUUGGUCCUCUGAUAGGGUUUUGAAGGAUGAGAUUACAGAGAUGGACUCAGAAAUAACCAGAGUCUGUAAAAGUGUUAUUUUAACAAGAGUCAGUGAGUAAAGGUGCUCUGUGGAGUGAAGGUCUGAUGAUUGGACCUGAUAUUAUACCAGGUAAAUUGACUCCUCGUCAGGAUAAAAUAGUCCUGUGUAGGGCUAGGCGAUAUGGGAAAAAGUUUAUCACAAUAUAUUUUUUUCAUAUUUGUCCAUAUUAAUAUAUAUCACAAUAUGGAAAAAUCAUUUGUCAAUUUUAAAUGUAAUUGUAAAAUGAAAUUUAUCAGUGCUUAUUGAUAGCAUGCCUUUUGAAAUAUAAUAAGAUACUGCAUCUGUGAGGCGUUUCUGUCUCUUGGAUGUUUUGUCAUAAGGUGUUGCACUAGAGAACACAGAUUGAAUAGUUGGCUGUUUCGGCUGCACAGGCGCUAUGGGCUUCUUGCUCCACUCAAGGUUAGUAACCUUUUGCAUUUCGCGUGCUCUGCCACGUGGCACUGCUUCAGGUGGUGAAAAAGAUUUGAGGUAUUCCCCGACUUUGCGAGAUCAUGCACUCAACAUAAUUUGCAGUACACACUCCUCUGCUUCAUGUCUGACCUCAAAAAAACAAAAUACCUCCACACCACCGAUGUUUUUGUACCAGUGUAGUCGACAAUGUUGUCAUCUGUUGAGCCUUCAUCAGCAUUUCUGCCCGGGGUAUCGCUCAUUUUCUUUUUUCCUCACCAACAGUGUUGUCAGCUUCACAUGUUAAAGCACUAUGGUUGCAUGUAGCUGCAGCCUGCUACUAUGCAGUUUUUUUGCUUCUUGGUUCCAAUUCAGCACACGAUUGCUUCAGCGCAGGGCAGACCCGGAGCAACUCCCCUUUUCAUUGGCUGUUCGUAAAGUCUAAGAAAACAUGGCAAAACGCCAGCUAUCAAAAAGCAUAUUGACCUUGUUUUAUAUAGAUAACAAGGGAAAUUAAUUCAUAAAAUACAAUGUUAUCGUUUUAUCACCCAGCCCUAGUCCUGUGUGUUCUCAUCCAGCUGAUUUGACCCUCUAACCACACUGAGGUGCUUUUUCCACAUUUACCCAGGGAUGAUCUGACGAUGAACUCAUAUGUUUUGAGCUACUGCUGCCCGCCUACAAGCUACCAUUAUAUAUGUGUUUUCCACCCUGUCACUGAUGUCCUCCCUCGCUUCAUGCUGCCUUCAGGUGGACAUGUUCUCCUACGGCAUGGUGCUGUAUGAGCUACUUUCUGGUCAGAGGCCGGCGCUUGGACACCACCAGCUCCAGAUUGCUAAAAAACUCUCCAAAGGCAUUCGACCAGUGCUGGGCAGUCCAGAGGAGGUUCAGUUCUACUCUCUGCAGAGCCUGAUGACUGAGUGCUGGGACACCAAGCCCGAGAAGGUGGGCCUCCGCAUGUUUACACUCUUAAUCUCAGUUGAUGAAACAAACACAGGUUUCUGUGUUGUCUCAGAUUAACAGCUUGUAGGACACAGACUGAAUAACUGAAUUGAAUCAACACAAAGAGGUCUUUGGGUCUUUAUGCACCUCAGAGAGAAAAACUGUUCAUGCUUUUAGCUGGGCUAAAGCCUGUCAGGGAUUAUGUCCUGAUCACACGGUAAAGUGUGAUGCUGUCUUUCCAAGGACUUCCAACCAGUCCCAUGAUUUGACCGAAAUUAUACACCUCUGCAAGCCCCAUGACAAAAGCAGAUCCUCUGUCACUCGAGAGACCGUCAUGGCUCCUGUGAGACUAAAACCCAACACAAACUUAUUUUAGCGCCAACUGUGCUCGUCCUUCAUUAACCUUUGACCUUUUCAGAAAAGAACUCAUUAAAUAGCACCAUUAGAUGUCCCCUUUGUGGUCUGUUUGUCUUCUUGUUAAGAGUUAAAGGUGUGUAACAUGUCAGUCUGCAGCUCUUCACAGAAAGACAGUGACAGUAUAAAGUCAGCCCAAUGAUCCAGUCUAAACCAAACUCUGCCUGUGUGUGUGUGUGUGUGUGUGUGUGUGUGUGUGUGUGUGUGUGUGUGUGUGUGUGUGUGUGUGUGUGUGUGUGUGUGUGUGUGUGUGUGUGUGUGUUCUUGCAGAGGCCAGUGGCUGCUCAGUGCCUGAGACAGAUGCAGGAGCCCAGCUUCCCGUGCCUCAAGUUUAUUUUGUCCUGUGACAGCCAUGCGCAGCUCUUCCUGUCUCAGCUGCAGGGACACAGCGCCGUGUUCUGGAGCGGGGACAAGGAUGAGCGGUUUGUUUCAACUUUGCUUAAUACUUUGUUUCCUUUGGCACUUGAAACGUACAAUCUCUUCUCUGUUGCCCUCUUUUUUUAUGUGUUUUGGUGAGCAACAAAUACCAAAGAAAAUAUUCAGCAUAUCAAUGAGAAUUUUGGGUAAUGAACAGAGUCUUCUCAUCCAUCUCUGAAAGAAUCCUUCCUGCUGUGUUAUCAGACAUUUAGACUAUUCUCGGUAAUCUGAACCUGUUAAAGACUUUCAAUGGAGGAAUUUUGAGGCACAAUUUCCUCUUAUGAUUAUAAUUCAGUCAUAAUCCUCUAGGCAAAAAGGUUCAGGUUCAAACUUGCUUUAACAAAUGAAUUAGUAGUAGCAUAGUCAAAAUGUAUAUGUGGUUCAAACCUUAGUUUGCUCUGUAGUUUAUCAAAUGCCCCUGGCUGAGUGUGUGUAUAUGUGCCGUGUGCGUGUGUGUGGCUGCAGGAUUCCUCCGUUAUCUCCAAACAAUAAAAGCAGCUUUGAUCCUGCUGUACAGGUGGUGUUUAUGACGGCUGUGGAUGUUUCCCGUCGUUUACUCCUUCACUCUGUCAGGACCUUGUUAGCUUCCCUCACCUGGCCUGAAACAAUGUCCAUUCUUCUCUUACCUUAGGCCCACCAUUCAACUAAUUACACAUCAUUGUGUGUGUGUGUGUGUGUGUGUGUGUGUGUGUGUGUGUGUGUGUGUGUGUGUGUGUGUGUGUGUGUGUGUGUGUGUGUGUGUGUGUGUGUGUGUGUGUGUGAUCCUCCAUUGUUUGUGAGCUGUCAGUGGAUGAAAAAGAGGGAAAGUAGAGAAUAAAUGACCGUAUAAUAGUAAUAUUAAUAGUAAUAUGGUAUGAUUAUGGUAAUAAUGAUAAAAAUGACAAUGAUGAUAAUAAUAAUAAUGAUAACUUAAUUUAUGUAGCACUUUUCAAAACAGAGUGACAAAGCACUUAAAAAAAAAUAAAAAAAAUAAUUAAAAUAAAAUAAAUUAAUUAAAAUAAAAUAAAAUAAGUGAAACCUAAUUAUGAUAGUUAUAAUAAAUAAGAUAAAAUAAGUUUAGACUUAAGUAAAAAUUAAGAGCUAAGUUCAUAGUCAUAUCCAGUAAAAGAAAACUUGUGAAAAUGUUUUUUGAAAUGAGUUUUAAAACAAGAUAAGGAACUUGCCAGACUGAUCAUCCCAGGCAGUUUGUUCCAGAAAGCGGGAGCCCUGACAGAAAAAUCCUGGUCCCCCUUGGUCCUCAGCCUGGACUGAAGAGUAGUCAGCAGACCUUUGGCUGAGGAUUUAAGGGUAUAACUGGGCUCCUAAGGUUCGAGGAGAUCAGUGAUGUACUGAUAAUGUAGAGAGUACAACACAAACACAAAUGUUUCACUUUUUAAAGUAAUUGUAUGUCUUUUUUUUCCAUGUCAAAUGAUUCCCGGCACAUUCCUUAAACAGCAAGUCCUUUGCCCAGGUCACAAAGCCAAGACUGUUACUUCAGACGUUUUUCACAAUAAUUACAUACAUAACCAAGAGGGGAGCAGCUAUAGAAUCACCUUAUAGAUAAGGACAUGUAGUGAUUUAAUCCACAAGUAGCCCAAGGAGGCCAGCCUACUUGAUCACACAAAGAGCAGUGAUGAGUGAAAGACUUCAGAUUUACAAUUAACUUCAGAGCCUCAUGAUGCUGAAUAUGAAGUUUAAAGACAGAAAAUGAUCAAAUCCUGUACUUAUCAGAAGAUCCAGACUCAAACACCUCACCUUGAGGUGUUGUAAUAGAUGGCAGGUUCAGCAGCUUUGUCUUUGAGUUUGUGAAAUAUCAUCAGGUUUGUUUUAUCAAGAUUCAAGAUCAGCCUCAAAUCAUAAAAUAUAUCUCGUACAAUAUCAAAAACAUCUCAUAGAUGACAGAGAGCCUGAUACUGUGUUGGAGCAGAGCAGUAAAUAACUGUAUCAUCCACAUACAAAUAAAAAAGAUGCAUUGGAGCUGAAUUGUAAACAACAGUGGUCCGAAAAUAGAGCUCUGAGGCACAACAUGCAUAAAUUCAAGAGGUGUAGAGGUGAUUCUUCCACCUACAUACACUGAUGAUCUGUGAGGGACUCUGCAAAUCGCAUGGAAUGAAUUACCUAACUCUAUGCGAGUCCCUCUCUACUUUCAUAAAGACAGCUAAAGACCCAGCACUUUAGAGAAUACUACACACUUAGCUAGACCAUUCUCCACUGUUGACCUCAUUGGUUGAAUGAGUCUUCCAGCUACAGUUGACUCUCACUGUCCUGCUCUACUCUGGGAACUCGUGUUCAAUGUUUGAGUGACCCAAUCAUGGCUUUGGAUAAAAGUGUAUGCUAAAUGACAGUGUAACAUCUGUUGGAUAAAUAAUUUUCACACCAGCAGACAGUCCGACACAAACUGAUUUGUAACACUGGAGGAUGAUGAGGUUAUAUAACAGGUGUAUUUGUGUUGAUGUUGUACAGUAACUACAGUGUGGUGAAUGUUGAGAAAGGCCAGGUGGAGGUAAAGAGGAUGUCAUGUCCAGGCAGCAGGAUCAGCUGUCAGAUGAAGAUGGGGAACACUCUGUGGAUCGCCACUGAGGUAAACUCCACCCACCUGACACCACCUGAAACCACACUAACCUGCAGUGUUUCACUGAGCAGAAAUGAGCCAGACUAUCCACACAGUGGAAACAGCUGGUAUGAUUGGAGUGUUAAAGGGAUAGUUCACUUUUUCAAAAAAAAAAAAAGGGGCUGCAUUACUAUGAGAAUUACCCACAGGGGAUCCAGAUCAAGAGAGCCUUUAGGUUGGAAACCAGCUGGAUAACUAGAACAGAACAGAGGUUCUUGACCCCUUCACGCGGGGUCAGAUGCAAUUUAGCUCAUUUUCACAAACUGCAGCCCACACAGUAACACUGGAAUAAGCAUGUUCUCUGUUUUGACAUUAUUCAGCUCUUAUUCUGAACUCUUCAGCUAAUUCAGGUUAUCGUGUUUAAGUCUGUGUGACUUUUGCUCUCUGCUUUGAUAAAUUAUUGAAUCUGGAUCAUGUUAUAAAGAAGAUAAUGUCCUGAUAUAUCAUGUGCUCUUGAUUCACACACUUAGUGAUCAGAAUCAAACCAUUUGCAUGUUUUUGUGUGACAGGAGCAGGACGUCUUCAUCUACAGCCUGAAGGACAUGUGUCCUCUUAGUCAGCCUCAGAGACAGCUUUCAUGUCCAGCCGUUAUCACCUGUCUGUACCCAGUUCCAGCCAGAGACCAGGUCAGUUUGCUGACAGCAUUUUAUUGAAAAUAAAACUCAGAGGAAUACUCAGCGUUGAUUGUCUCCAUGAGCUCAGCAGCUGCAGCAGCUCUUAACAGUUUCUUCAAUUUGUCUCUUUAAUGUGCUGGGGUUUUUUGUUUUUUUGUUUGUUUGUUUUUUACUGCGCACAGCUUUGAUUUAUUUUUUCAGCAAUCACAGAUGAAUGUCAGGUAACCUCUGUAGUUAGAGUCAAAGUAUAUACAGCCACACUUUCCAUUUGUUAAUCAUCAGUUAAAUCAAACACCCAGUGAAUAGUCUACUCACCCAGGUUGCAUAAAUAUUUACACCCUUAAACUAAAACUUUGCUGAAGCACCUUUUAAUUUUAUGACAGGAGUCUGUCAGUGUGGCACAUCUUCACUCAGCAGUAUUUUCCCACUCUUCUUUGCAAAAAUGUUCCAAAUCUGUCAGGUUUCCAGGGCAUCUCCUGUGAUCAGGUCUCCUGAGAUCAGGUCUGGGCUCUUCUUCUGGUGGAGGCUUUCUUUGGUUGAUCAAUUCUGGAUGUUUGCUUUGGGUCAUUGUGAUGCUAAAAGAUGAAGUUUCCCUUCAUUCUCAGCAGAAGCCUGGAGGUUUUGUGCCAACAUGGACUGGUAUUUGGGAUCAUUCAUAAUUCCCUCCACCUUGACUGAAGCCCCAGAAUCAGCUGAAGAAAAACAGCCCCUAAGUAUGAGGCUGCCCUCACCAUGGUUCAUUGUGGAUAUGGGGUUCUUCUGCUGAUGUGUUGUGGUGUUGUUUUUGGGCCAAACAAACCUUUUGGAGUUUAGGCCAAAAAGUUCAACUUUGGUUUUAUCAGACUAUACUCCAUUUUCUCACAGGCUUUGGGGAGACUGGAAAUGGUUUUUGCUGAAUUUAGCUUGGCUUGGAUGUUUUUCUAUGUAGGAAAAGGCUUCGGUCUUGCCACCCUACCUCACAGCCCAGACAUAUGGAGAAUACAGGAGAUAGUUGUCGCGUGUACUACAUAACCAGAAAUCCCAGCAGCUCCUGUCAUGGUGCUGCCAGCCUCUUGGCAGCCUCCCUGACCAGUUUUCUUCUUAUCAGUUUUUUAGAGACAUCCAGUCCUUAGUCAUGUCACUGUUGGGCCACAUUUUCUCCACCUGAUGAUGACUGUCUUCCCUGUGCUCCCUGGUAUAUCUGAUGCUCUGGAUUUUCUGAAAAAAAAAAACACUGAAAUCCCUCUGAUGCUUUGAAGCUCUCUGUGGACUGUGGCUUUUUCUGUGAGACAGGUCGCAGAAAAUGUGAGGUAAAGCCGACCAGAACAGCUGAAGUUUAUUUGGGGUUAUCAGAGGUGGUGGCAGGAGUGUAUUGACUCCUAAUUAACAUUAGUUUGAAUGUGAUUGGUUGAUUCUGAACACAGCCACAGCAACCACAUUAUUUUAGUUUAUUAUUUUUACCAGGUUCAGUUCAGGCUGAUAACCGCAGCAGAACUGGGUCACACUAAGAUUUGGUAACCGUUAAUCAAAAUGAUCUUUCUUAGAAGCAGCUGAUCUUCUCAUUCACAAACAUACAUCCAUUAUCUGAAUAAAACUGCAUCCCCUACACUCAGGUAUGAAACCACAUCAAGAAUAAGAUUGGUGGUCAUUUUCUUGUGAGGUCAAGUAAUCAUAUGAAGAGAAGGAAAGUUUGGUUAAAUACCCUUGACCAGGGGUGCACAGAAGCACCUGUGUGCACCCCUUUAGCAUGAAAGCUACCUAUGAAAUGACCAAGUGAAAAUGAUCUACCUACUAUAAAAAUGCAAAACAUAUAUUUAUAUAUAUACAUAUAUAUAUAUUGAGAAUUCUCUUUAUAUGUAGAAAUAUAUGUUGGUGUGCCUUGCAUUACCAUAUGAGCCCACAUUGCACAAUACAACUCUACAUUUUUUUGUCAUUACCGUACUCUGAUGACUUGCACUGAAUGGAAUCGGUGUCGUAGUUUUUGUGACCAGUCCGAAAAUGCCACUCCACAUUUCCCUUCUUCUGUGUAGAUGGUAGACUGACAGAUGAGGCAAACGCACAAACACAAAAAAACAGUCCUCCUCCCACUCCAUAUGGAAGUGGUAGGUUUUUGGCCUCUUACUUGGUCUAGCUCCCCUACUCAUUUUUAUCUCCUUUCUUACUCGCUAGAGUUUUGCAGCACUUUGUGCUGUUUUAUGCGCAAUGUCAGUGCUGCAUGUGUCGAAAAAGGUCAGAUGGCAUGCUGCCCUGUACAUCAAUCAAGUGCGACCAGUCGGUCGCGAAUGCCAUAAUGGGCACUUGUGCCCUUGGCAGUCUAUAGAGCGAAAGUCUGUCAACUUUUAGUCGCUCCUGCUGUUUUUGCUUGAACAUGAGCUCCUCCAAUCAAAGCAGCCACAGUGAUCACAUCCAAACUUUUUGCAAGAGUAGCGAUCCAAUGAUUGCUGGUCAACAAACUUGACAUAGCGACAUGGUAACAUUUUGAUGUAUUCAAGGCACGGUCAAUAUAAUUAUUUGUUUGAUGCAGUUUAUUCUUACACAGGAUAGAGCCACGCAGCUGGGAAAAGGGUUCAAUGGUUGUGGUCUUUGCAGGCACAUGAACUAUAACCCAAAAAGUAAUAAUGUACAUUUUCAUUCUCAUUGGAGCAUGGCACAUUGUCCUGUCUUGGUCAGACCAGCAUCCAUCUUUCGAAGUUUCAGCCUUAAGCAAACUACUUUCAUUAAGCAAGGGAGCAAACAAGAGGUCAAACAAGUGAAACCCUUGUCUCCAGUCUCUGAGUGAUUCCUAAACACUGGUCUUGGAGAAGAGAAAGCUCCAGGACUCUACCAGGUGGGCUCUUUGACUUCUAUGGAGACAGUGAGUGCUAAUGGUUUACAUGCCUGUUGUGAUGGCCCUAAAACAUCUUACUGGCUGUAAUAUAACUGUAAGAGACAAGCUCCAAACAAUACUGUGCUGUGGGAAAAGUGGGUUUAUGGCUUGUACUGCUGACCCCUGACCUCAGACCUGCUGUCUGAGGGGGAAAUGGUGAGAUCCAGGUGUUUGCACUGCCCUGUUUCUUUAAACCACAAGUUGGGUGGUAGGUCAGAUGUAAUCCACCCACAAUGACGUUCUUGCUCACAGUCACUCCAUCAUAAACUGUGCUGUUUUUACACCAUACUAUAGCUGAAUUUAUUACCAAGUUUGCAUCCUGGCAUCUAAAGGUCCACAAUAUGCCUCACCCUGAGAUCAGACUGGCUGAUACUAAACCCCUUCUUGCUCUUCUGCUGCCUUAACCUGCUGCGUCUCCAUAGUCUCAGUUGGAGUUGCUGUUAUCAGUCACUGUCACCAAACCUGGUCCAGCAGUGUUUACAUUGAUGGGGCUCUUGAUUUUACUCAUGCUGCUCUGGCUCCUUCACCUUCUGGUGGUCCAAAGCUUCUUAGAUGUGAACAAUGAUACUCACAAAGUGCUAUCAGAGCAUUAAAGUACUGUGGGCAUAAAGACCAUAUAAAACAUAUUUUGACCUCCUUUUGCUGUUAUCUAACCCCUCUAUCUCUCUCUAAAUCUCUCCCUCUCUUUCAUCCUCUCACUAGUCCAGUGUGCCAAAUAUGUAAUAUUGCAUGUAAUAUUGCAACUACCAAUAGCAGCACAGGUGACCACCAUUGAUCUAUGCUACCCUCAAAUAAACGUAAAUGAGCUAAGUUUUUCCCAUCUCAUGACAAAGACAGAAUGUCUUUGUGCCCAGACGUCCCCGAUUUCUGGGGACAGUCCCCGUUUUUGAUGAUCUGUCCCCGGCUAAAGCUGUUCCAGGAAAUGUUCCCUAUCUAAGCGAUUUAUGACUAAGAAUAAAAAUGUUAUUAUGUUUGCCGAGUAGGUAGGAAGCACGAGUAAGCAUGUUGGACAGUCCUGAACAACUGUUUUUAUGGGGGGUUAUUACAGGGGGCUAGCGCUGCUACUAAGUAGUAUCGAGAUAAUGUGUGUGAUCACGCAGCCGGAAACUAAUCUGUAAAGGGGGGGGGGGGCAGUGUUAAGAGGAAAGAGGUUCUUUAGAUGACAGGGUUUUUUUUUUUUUGGAGCCAAACCUUCUCUCUCUUUCUGUACAGAGCCUGGCCAGAGUGUUUGCAGGGAUGUCUGAUGGUCUGGUAGCAGUAUACAACCUAGUGGAGGACCUUCCUCUGGAGGGAGAGACGUACCUGUGUUCACACACCCUCAAUAAGACUGUGUUUGGUCUGAAGGACUCAGACCCCAGACAGAAACCCUACCCGGUCAGGAGCAUGGCUCUGGUCGGCAGUGGGUCACAGGUGAGCAGACACUCAGAAAUCAGAUUUUAUAAACUUGAUCAAAAAAGAGGAACCCAGGGCUGCACAUUGUGAUAUUUUCUUCACUUUUAAACCUGGCUUCUGUCUCUUGUUCGCUCGGCCCAAAUUGAAUUAAAGAUGCAAAAAGUUUUGAAGCUCUUCCCCUAGAGUUCAUCAGUCAGCAUCCAUAAAACAGGCUAACAUGGAUGUAGCAUUUCUUUCAAAGACUAGACUUAUGAUUGUGACAAUAUGUCAGAACAUAUUCCCACAGAAAGAGCCUUCUUUUGACCAGAAACAGACAGUAAACUGUGUUUCUAAAGCCCCCGAAACAAGAACUUCAGUAGUAUCAUCAGGGUUUCAUCAGCCACAUCCUCCCUGACAGUCUCCAAAACCAGAACAGCUCGAAUGGCCUUAGCUUCAAAAACUACCAGAAUGUCUCCUUUUUAUGACUUUAUUCCCACCCUUUGCUCCUCAGCUGUGGUUCUCCAACGGUCCGGGUGUGCUGGUCAUAGACUGUCAGAGUCUGCAGGCAGUUCAAAGAGUAGAGACUUGCAGCACUAUGUCCUCCAUCAUAUCCAUGACAACCAGCUUCAGCCUGUGGGGGGAGGAGGCAGUCUGGACCCUGGACGACCACACCAACACCCUGCUGCUCUACCACGCUGCCUCCUACCAGCUCUGUGCCAAGUACUGGUGAGUAGAUCUGUGAUAUUCAGGCACCACCACACGGACCAGUCAGCUGCCUGAUUUUUGAUUGUUACUGUUCUGAAAUGCACCAUUCAGCCACAAUGUGAACACCACUGGCAGGUGAAGUGUGUAUUAUUGAUUAUCUCCUGACGGUGUCGUUACCAGUGUUGUUUCUUGCAUAUUAUAUGUUCUUUAGAGGUCUAGUGUAGUCCAUGUCCAGUCCAUCAUAUAACAAUACAGUACAGUGGUGUCCUUGUCAAAAUGGUCAUAAUGGUAGUCCACAACAGUGUUGUAACAUAGCUGAUAGAUAGAUAGAUAGAUAGAUAGAUAGAUAGAUAGAUAGAUAGAUAGAUAGAUAGAUAGAUAGAUAGAUAGAUAGAUAGAUAGAUAGAUAGAUAGAUAGAUAGAUAGCAAUAAAUGGUAAAAUAAAUAAAAUACUGAAAAGACAAGACAAUGACAAACAAGAUGUAAACAAUAUAAUAUAGUAGAAGUGUUAUGUUUGUGUGGAAGCUGCACAGCCUUCAGUCCUUUGUAUUUUGAUAUUGAUCCCACAGCAGUAUUUUAUUGUCCCAGCGUGUGAUUUCAUAGCAGCAGAAAACACAUCCAGACAUGCUUUUGUUUCAGCUGUGGAGACAGCCAUCCUCUACGGGACACCUUCAGCGUGCAGCCUCCAGCAGGCCUGUCCACACUGACAACCACCGACCUUCAGAUGGCUGACCAAAAAGAACAGCAAGAGUGGGCUAAUGGGGAGGUUUCACUUAUCUACAGUGAGGAGGCCGGCACCCAGAUCAUCCAGCACCAGGACUCACUGACAGACUACUGCUCUAUUUCAUCCAGCUGCUCCAUGGAGCUGAUAGAGUCAGAUGGUUUGAGCUCAGCAGGCCUUGGUUCAGUCACCAGCAGCAGUUCGCAACCACCUGCAGACCAGGAGGAACUGUGCCAGGACCAGGAUCAGCAGGCAUCAAACGGCCCUGAGUGUGGCAUAAACUCUGCAGAAAGCCUGAUCCCCACUUUACCGAAGUUGCAGGCGUUCACUGUGCUGUCAGUGAAUGGCACUCUGUGGAUCCCCAGGUAUACAACACUGCACACACUCAGUGAACAAGUCAGUGAAUGUGAAUAUGAAUAUUAAGUAGUUUAAUUAACAGCAGAGCAUAUAAAAGUACAAAAUACAUCCAAAGACAGAGACCAGACCCUGUCCCUUUAAAUAAAAGCUGGUGUCAAGAAUGGCUGAGAGUCAACACAAUCUUAAAUAGACCAUCAACAGGUUGUGAACAACUAAGAUGUGUAAACUAAGACGAGUACAGAAGAGUUUGCAGAUUUGAAAGCCUAUGCAGCAUGAAUAAUAACUGCUGUGGUCUCAGUGAUAGUAGUGAGUGGACGGACAACAUCAGCAAAUGGACAAAUACUUAGUGGUCAGACAUUUUUAGUGGGGAAACCGAGUGUGUAGGACAGAGAGAAAUCAGGCACUCCAUGCUCAUGACUACUACUAUCUGUGGUCACGAACAGACCAUCAAAUAUGAAGACAAAGACCACACAGAGGUUUGUGGUCAAAGUCAAAGAAAUCCCCCCUAAGCUACAGAAAAGUGUUCUUACUAUGUUUGAGACCAAAAUAGAAAUAGAUGGAGUUAAAAUAGACCAGCCAGAAAACUGUGUCCCAGCAGAGGACUGAACCUGCAGAUGAGCGGGAUGAUCAUCUUGUGUAUAGCUCACUAAUAAGGAAUAAUGGAGAAAAUACCUCUUCUUUUGCUAAAAUAUGGGGGCAUAUUUUGACCAUAUCAGACAUUGACAGUUUUAUAUGGGCAUAUGACUUUUUAUCUCAGUGUCUUUUAUAAAUAUACUUUUAUAAUCAAGGAAUAUGUCACAUUUUGAGUCUCUGAAAAAGCCAAGUUGGGUGUUUUUGUCAUUGCAGGUAUCUGUGUAAUAUGCCAAAACAAACUGUAAUUUGUAGGAAGUGCAACAUGCCACUAGACGGCAGCUGCUUUUUUUUUUUAUCAAAUGCCAUUUAUAAAGUGUGCUGCUAAUUAAGAUAUUUGUAAUAGGGAUUAAAAGUGUUUCAUAGUAAAAUUCAUGAAGAAAUUAAGGGAUUUUAUCUACUGAAAUGUAAAAGGGCUUUUCACUUUUGAUAAAGCAACUCAUGACCCAUGUUAGACAGUCAUCUGCUGAAACUGUAGAGAGGAGAGAGAGGAAGAUGGAGAGAGAGAGAGAUGGCCAGAGGAGAGACUGGUGUAUGUAGUUGAAGCAGACAGGUCCUCACCAGUAAUCCAGAUGAACCUACAUCAUGAUGGAGCUCAGAGACUCCCAGAAAAGACUGUGUUAUUUACUCUAAUGGGACAUGACGAUUCAAAGUUAAUUAAGUUCUUGUAUUGUAUUGUAUUGUAUCUAAAUACUGUCUCCUGCCACACUUGUGUAUCUGGCCUGCUAAGUGUCAAGGUGUCUGCACGCAAAAAGACUCGUCUUGCAGGUUGUAGCACACACGCUUGUUUUGGGCUUGCACUGGAGGAUUAAUACAGAGCCUACCUUAUCUUUAAAAAUGGAUGAAUGUGCAGGAUGUUGAAGUUUUUUAGUGUCAAGUUGUUGAAAAAAAAAAAAGAGAAAGUUGAUUUGUAAAUUGUGAAAUUAAAUAUAAAAAAUCUUAUUAUAGUCUGUUUUUCCAAACUGAAUCUGCAGCUAGUUUCAGGUUUUUAUCAAAAGUUCUGGUUUCAUUUCUUUAGAUUUUUGGUCACAGUCUGGACCAAACAUACAACUUAGAUUGAACUUAAAUUUACAUCCUCAGUGCAUAUUCAAGCUGAAAUGCUGUGUAAGAUCAGAAACAUCACAUGCAAUAAAGAGAGCAUAUCUAUUCUCAUCAUAAGCUUACACUAACUCUGCUCUGUCCUGUUGUGUGUGUGUGUGUGUGUGUGUGUGUGUGUGUGUGUGUGUGUGUGUGUGUGUGUGUGUGUGUGUGUGUGUGUGUGUGUGUGUGGGUUUGGUUCUCAGGCGUGGAGGAGAUGUGAUGGUCAUCGAGAUGCAGUCACAUGCCGGUCAGCUAAGGGGGCGUGUCAUUGCUGUCCUCAGUCCACCUGGAUGCUGCUCUUUAGGGUGAGCUGAUGAUGAAAUUCUUUAACUUUUAGCUGGUUUCAUGCAUGUAAAGCCUUUUUGAACAAUCUAGUUGGAGUUUUUUAAGUUUUCGUUAUGUAUCAUACACUAAUAAAUUCCACGACUUCCCUCUUGGUGAACAUGAGUGCAGCCUUUUAGAUGAACAACAUUAAGUGACUUACUGUUCGGGGCAGCAGUGGUGUACCGUCUGGUGACUCAACAGCUGUGUCUGCCUCUAAAUGAAGUAUGAAUCCGAUUACAAUAAAACUGUGUGCUCUGUUAGUAUUCAAGCACCAGCACACAUUCAGCCUCCUCAGACCCUGAGGGAAGCUGCUGGUUUUGUUUGAAUACAGCUGAAGCGUUGCUUUCUUCUGCUGGCUGUAAGCAGCCUAUUCGGAGACUGGGAAAGUGAUAAACCAUGGUAACUGUAUUUUUAGCUGUUAUUGAUUGAAUGAUGAUGUCUUGAUUCUGGCCUGAAAAAUCCAGACUGAGAGCAGCACCCACUCUUAUGUGUCAUGAGGAUAUAUUUUUUUUUUUACUGGACUGUAUAUGUCCGUCCUUGCAAAAAUGAACUUGCUCUGCCAUGUAGGAAAUAAGGCAACAUUGAAUUUUUCUAACCACAAAAUAAAUGUUAAAGUAUAUUAACAAUUAUGAAAUUGUAGUGUAAAGUUUUAGAUUUAAAUGAAGUUUUUAUAACACCUGCACAGCUAUCUAAGCUAGUGAGGCGGAUUCUGAUCCUCGGAGAAGGGUUUGAGUUUGUCUAAUGGGGCGCUCACACCAAGGGUGAGUAAAAUCAUCUACUCACUUAAUUCGUGCAAAUCUAGACACGUGAAUGAAUAGUAUUUACUCACCUCAUGCACACAUCAACGGUAAUUGGAAUGGUAAUCCCUGCCAAUUCAACCAGUGGGAUCAAGUAAUAGACAACGGCUUUUUACAGUUUACCAGGUAAUCUGACCCCCUCACUCACUUGCCUCCAGGUGAGCUCCUUUUUAUCCCGGUUUCAGUAAUUGAAAGAAAAGGUGUCAUAUUAUUUGGGACACCCACACACCAACACGAUCAGUUUGUCCUCCAUUUUAGAUACCAAUUUACGUCAUUCACAUCGCCAGAGUAGUUCAAGCGUCUAAUCACGUCUUUGCAUUGACUAAACAUGUAAUUCAGUCGCGCGAAUGAUUUUACUCGUACUUGGAGCUGCAGGGACAGUUAGAUUACGUUUGGUGCAUAAUUUUGCCCUCUGCAUUAGUAAAAAAAAUUUAAGUGUCGAACUUUUACAUCUACAUUAGUACAGUAUGUAGUUUUUCUUUAUUUUCUACUGUUACUGCGUGUUUUUUUCCACCUGCACGGAGCCUUUUUUUCAGAUGUGCCUGAAACCGUUCAGUCCUGGACUGGAAAAAGCAGAAGAAUUACAUUCAGAGAUGAAGUCUAAGUGAAGUUUAGCCAGAUCCUUCAUCAUGUUCUUAUGGUGCUUCACUGAGUCCCUAAUUAUUUCUUUAAGGGGACCAGCUGCUGGUCUUUUGUAGAAAGAGCUUCUGUGUGAACCUCUGCUCAGGGGGCUGGCCUGUUAGCAGCAGGCAAUAAAAGGGACACCAAAAGCAGGGUUCAUAAUAAGCAGUUAUUACAUGGCGCACCUGUAACACUGGCAGCACCCUGGGAGGUCACAGUUCAGGUCAGGCCUGUAGGGCUCUGGAGCUACUGUUUUCUGCAGCUGCCGACUUCACUCAAUGCUCAAUUUGACCCUGUUACACAUGAAACCCUGAGUUAGAAGUGUACAUUUGCUCAGAGUUCUUGUCCUUUUUUUAACAUAAUUUUGGCUCAAAAUUACAGAGAGGUUGAGAAAUUACUGCUGUAGUUAAUUCUUCACCAGGAGCUGCAGCCUUUACUGUAAUUGCAGCUAAAGGAAUUAGAGAUAGACAUUAAGUUCAAAGCAAGGAAAGUGUUUUUGACACUUGACAGCUGGUGAAUCGCUCUUUUCAAAGAUACUGCCUCCACUGAUAAAAACAGUAAUUAUACCUUCACAGCAUUUAGCCUGUUGCUUUCUGAAUAUGCAGUGGACUUAAGGAUUUAUUAUUUAAAUAAACAUAGCACUGAUUUACCGGUGUGGUCUCAAACUGAAACUUGGAGAAAGGAGACAGCUAUAAAGUGCUUAUCUGUCAAAUAUAAGGUUUAAUUUUGUCUACUUCCAUGAUUUUGACUGGUCUGAAGAAGGUUGCUGCCCAUUCAGUAAGUUCUGUAGUCUCCCCCCCAGGUCUACAGUGAUUCAAACACUGCGAAACAGUGCUCUCCUGUUGCUUGCUAAAAUCAUCCCUAUAAGCUGCACCUCUUUGCUUAGGUUGUAGGUGGUAGUCAGGCAGCGGCAGCCUGUGAUCUUGAGUAAUGAGGAUGAUUCACACGUGUUUAAAACUGCAGUUCCUUGAGUGUCCACUUGAGGCUGGCUGCAAGAUCACCAAAGCCCUAUUCAUGAAAGCCUAUCUUUAUAGCAGUAUUGAACAUGAUUACAGACAGUUACUGGAAAGGAUUAAGGUCUAAUUAGCUCAGAUACUUCGUUAGGGAUGAUUUUAUCUGGUUUUCCAGGACAUUGAAUUUGAAGAUAUUGAAGCUUCUGUCAGGAAUUUUCUGAAGUUUUGAUUCCAGCAUCCCCUGAUGACAUACUCAGUUUACCUCUAAUCCUUUUGCCAAACUCAUCAUGUACAUUUGUGAAUAUUGUUUGACAGUCAAAUUCCUCCUGCUGUCUUUGAACAGGUAACUGUAUCAGUCAUUGUGACUUUUCACUGUGGAAAAAGUCCAUGAGCGAGCACUAGCCUGAUUCAUGGCUAAAACACUGUGAUAGAGUCAUUCAAAAUCUUUCCUAACCCUGGGUUUAUUUGAACCUCAAAUAUGUAAAAAUGGAGCUCAGGUUGAAGGAUGUGUCCUCUAACUAGCAUGUACCUUCACAGCUCAGCCUCACCUGUUCUUGGAGUCAUGCAGCUGUAUAUCACCAAACAGGAUAAUGAUACACCUCAGAAAGAUGAAACAACAAUAGAAGGAGAUAAUUCUGGGUUGCUCUGUGUGAUACAUGGGUGCUGGGUCACCCAAAGCUCUUCUUCCUCCCAGUAUACAUUGGGUCACAGCCUCCAUAAAUUACAGUCAGCUUAAUGGAGAUUGUUUUGAUAGUAUUUUUAAGUAUUGUUAUUUUGGGACAGCUUUGCAGGAGCGUCUAAGGACAGAGAGGGGUAGAUACAGAGCCUCACUUCUUUACCACCAUGUGAACAAACAGUAACUUCUCUGUUAUGGUACAUUCAGUAUCUCGAGUUGUUGCUUCAUAGAACUGCCCACUAGUUUCUAAGAAGAGCUAAUUACAGUGCUGCUCAGAGAUGCCACCAACUUUAGCUCCUCCCCCGCACUGCAUCCUCACAGAUCGCUAUCCCUGCCUCUCUCACUUUUCUCUCUCUCUUAGGAUCCUGGAGGAGGCAGCACUGGUGGCAAAGGACACAGUUGUGUGUGGCUUUCAUAAGGAAAACAUGGAGUGGUGCCUGUGUGUCUGGAAGGGCUGGGGCAACCACGAGCUGGAAGUAUUCUUCCAGUCCUACGAGGAGCUGGGCCGUUUGGAGACCAGCAUGAGGAAAAGAAGGUAGCUGUUGUGCUGCAGCGACCGACUGCAGAAUCACAGCUCUGUAUGGAGGGCGAGCGAGGGGAACACGCAGCCACAGACUGCCAGUGUUCAGAGCCGGGGGACGGCCCAGCGCUGACAUCAGAUCAACGUAGGAGGAGGAGGGGAAGGUCCAAGCCUCCAGCUGUGCACAGCUGUUUGUCCCCCCCCACCACAUACUUCAGUAACAAACAGAAGUGAACAAGAAAUAAAGCGAUGAGAAGCCUUCAGGCUAAGUCACAGCCAAAGUUUGUUCCUGAAGUAAACUCUGUCCCUCCAGAACUUCUCAAAGCUUUUAAGGUUGUCUUUUCUGAUUGGAGAGCCAAAGUUUGUCCCCAUCAGUUUGCUUAUGACAGGGACUUAAAUGAUCCAGAUGUCAGGAACUGUUGGACUCCAGCUGCUGCCUCUCAGAGUUUAUUCUUUGUCUGUUUCUGUUUUCCUUUAUUUGACUUUUGAGCUCUGCAGCAGCUCUCUGGACAGAGACAUUCUUGAGGGAGAAGUAAUGACUGUUUUUAAAUAGACUGAAGUGAAGCUGGUCCCACAGGGAAACAGCUGUGAUUGACUCUUUCACACGCUUGUCAUCUGUCUUCCUGUAUAUUUUUCCUCCACACGUGAAUCUGCAUGCAGGCUGCUGCUUCCGCCAUCUCCAGAGGAGCCUGGAAGCAGCAAACCAACAUCUGUGUUCUGUGCAUCAUUACACAACACAGCAUUUGUAACCAAACCCUGCUGCUUUUGGCAGGUCUUGCCAGAUAAAAGACACCAAACAGGCUCCUGGAGGUAAAAGAGUUUUCAUGGUGACUGCCUAGGCCUCUCCUCCAUUUAGGAUCUGCAGGGAUGAUGCAGAAUGCUCUGCACGAGACCCAAGAGCUGGAAGACAAGAGUCGAUCAUGAAUUCACUUUAACACUGUUGGACAGUGCAACACUAGUCUUCAUCAAAACAACAUGUGCACAGCUGCUUUUAGUCACAGUGUCCGCUCAGGGAGGGUCUACAGCCAACAUUAAUCAAACAAGAAACUUCAAACUGAACUUUGGGAAUUGUUUUAUUAAAGAGGGAUCCAUGUAUAUUCACACCUGAGUCCUCUGCCAUAAAGGGAAAGCGAAAAGACUUUAGGAAGAAUCUGAUGAAUGAAUAAUGGACAUGUGGUGGUCUAUUUGUUGGACUAUUAAGGUGUUUCUCUCCCGACAGGGUUUUACAUAUUUAAAUCAUUUUAACUUUACUGUUUUAGCUUAAGUUGGCACUUUGGCGCUCUUCCAUGUGUCAGAAAGAACUGUAUAUUGUCAAUAAAGAUUUGUGGUAAUGCAGAGGUUAUUUAUUUAUCAAUGUAUAAUAACUGUGUUGUUUUGUGUACAUAAACACUGUGCAAUAUGACUGAAUAAAGUCCCUAUAACAGACG